UUUUCUCACUACUCCAUGGUGAUAAGCCACUGUGUCGAGCACCAGCUGACUCUGGCUCCAGACGCUCCUUUAUCUGGCAUGGUCAACUCAUUUACUGCUGGGAUCACAAUGCCAUAUUGUUCGCCUGUUGUUUACCAUAGUCAGACUGGUGGCUAUUUGAGGAAGGAUGUUUGAGGCCAUUAAUGUUAGAAGAAUUAUGAGGGAAAAAAGUAUUUGAUCCCCUGCUGAUUUUGUACGUUUGCCCACUGACAAAGAAAUGAUCGAUCUAUAAUUUUAAUGGUAGGUUUAUUUGAACAGUGAGAGACAGAAUAACAACAAAAAACACAUGUAAAAAAUGUAUAUGUGCUUUCUUGAGCAGGGGGACCUUGCGGGCGCUGCAGGAUUUCAGUCCUUCACGGCGUAGUGCGUUACCAAUUGUUUUCUUGGUGACUAUGGUCCCAGCUGCCUUGAGAUCAUUGACAAGAUCCUCCCGUGUAGUUCUGGGCUGAUUCCUCACCGUUUUCAUGAUCAUUGCAACUCCACGAGGUGAGAUCUUGCAUGGAGCCCCAGGCCGAGGGAGAUUGACAGUUAUUUUGUGUUUCUUCCAUUUGCGAAUAAUCGCACCAACUGUUGUCACCUUCUCACCAAGCUGCUUGGCGAUGGUCUUGUAGCCCAUUCCAGCCUUGUGUAGGUCUACAAUCUUGUCCCUGACAUCCUUUGAGAGCUCUUUGGUCUUGGCCAUGGUGGAGAGUUUGGAAUCUGAUUGAUUGAUUGCUUCUGUAGACAGGUGUCUUUUAUACAGGUAAAAAACUGAGAUUAGGAGCACUCCCUUUAAGAGUGUGCUCCUAAUCUCAGCUCGUUACCUGUAUAAAAGACACCUGGGAGCCAGAAAUUUUUCUGAUUGAGAGGGGGUCAAAUACUUAUUUCCCUCAUUAAAAUGCAAAUCAAUUUCUAAAAUUUUUGACAUGCGUUUUUCUGGAUUUUUUUGUUGUUAUUCUGUCUCUCACUGUUCAAAUAAACCUACCAUUAAAAUUAUAGACUGAUCAUUUCUUUGUCAGUGGGCAAACGUACAAAAUCAGCAGGGGAUCAAAUACUUCUUUCCCUCACUGUAAAUGGUAAAGGUUUUGAAUGUGAAUUUGUAGGCAUACUAGUUGUCUUGAGUGAAACAGUGAUUGCAGUACUGCUGUUUAGAUGCUACUGCAGGUAUAAUGGUCCACCUCUGACCUUAUCUGGCCUGAUUGGGGUUUCUUGUGAUCCGCUCUGUUGGGAAACACAGUCCUCCAUACUACUAUACUGUAAGGGUAGGCUACACACACUUUAGGGGACAAGUGCUUCUGUUGACAAAGGCAUCAUUCAUCCACCGCAAUCAAUAGAGGGUGUAGUCUACCUACCUGAUCCUGAUAUGUAUCUGAUACCAACAGCCAUAAAGUGCUCCCUUGUUAUUUUAGCCCUGACUUAUUUCUGCCCUUCCCUUUUCCCAUAAAUACUAGGGCCGGAACGAUACCAGUAUCGCAAUAUUUUUUCUAUGGCAAAAAUGAAAACACGAAGCAGACUAAACUCUUUGGUCCUUUAAAAACCUGCUGUAUAAAUAUUGUGUGCUAUAGCUUGGAAAUUAAAUAAAUGUGACUCUGGAUGACAACAUAAUGUUUGUUUCCAACAUUAGGGCUGUUUUCCUAAAGUAGUUAAAUCCGCAUCGUGUUUUACUUCCUUGCCACGAUACUAACAACUAUACUGGUAUCGUCCCGGCCCUAAUAAAUACAUACUAUUUGGAGAAUGUUGCUGUAUGUCUAUUUUGGACAGCGUUGUUGUAAGUAGGGAUUAUCAGCCAAGUGCUUGGAGGAGAGAAUGUGUGCCUGAUGGAUAGGUACGCUUUGUCAUUUGAGCUUUCCAAAGUUUUUGUUUACUUCUUCAAUCUCAGGGCACCCCAUCAGUCUUUUCUCCCAAACACUUUUCAGCAGCCUUCGGCUGGUUCUAGUGUCUGGUUCUUAUAACGCUUUCCUGCCUCAAUCUAACACAAACACACACACACUCACAUACACACGCACACACACACACACACACACACACACCUUUACUUUCAUGUUUGAGGUGUGCAGGUACGUAGGUGCUGCCUGAACCAGCAUGUAGCAGCCCCCAGAGCCCCCUUGUCCCUCCACCCCUUCCCCCCUCUCCUCCUUCCUUCCCUGGGCCUGGAGUCUGCGGGGCAGCCCCUGUUCCUGCAUGUCUUGUCAGAGCUCUGCACUCCCUGACUCACAGGUUGGCUGCCUGGAGAUGGGUCUCCCCUUCAAGGCAUACAACUUAAACAGUUAUCUUUCAUCUAUAAACACCAGCUUUAUUAGGGAAGUGUGAAUAUCCAUGUUCAGGGAAAGGAGGUAUGUAGAGUAUGCAUAGAAGCAUGGCUGAGGAAUGAAAAAUGAGUUUGAACUAAUUUCACCCUCAGUUUCUACUGCUUCUCAUGUAUUUUAUUAGGGAGGCGCAUACUGUAGAAAAGUUGAGCUGUUUUGGAAAAAAGUUUCCUUUUGUCAUUAUUGCUUUUGGUAUGUGGUCUGCUAUGCUUGCAUUUCUUUUUCUAUGCAUUUCUUCUUGCGUUUCUUCCACUCCUGACUGCAUGUGCUGCCAUAUAAAUGGAAUGCUGCUGCUGCAGGGAGGGGGGCAUUGCCUAGGCAACCAAAGAAAAAAAGUUUUAUCAUGUUGUUAUUUGUCCAUGUUACCGCACAAAUAUCCGGCCAUCCCGUCUUCAGUCAGCUGUUCAUUCCACACACCAAAAAUGGUUAUGACGGUUAUUUUAUUUUCAUGACGGUCUUCACCCAUAACCGUCAGUUAUACGGUAAUUGUACCAGCCCUAAAUGUUAUGUUACUUGACUUCCGUUGAGUUUGAAGGGGCUGUAGAUGGUCAGAUAUCAGAGCAGUGUUUCUGAUAGAGGGUGAACGGCGCUCAGCUGGCUUCCUGCUCCUCCUGCUCUCCUGCUCUCCUCUAGCCAGUGGUGCACACAGCCUUUGUUGAGGGUUCUAUCUGAAAGGAAGUGAGUAUUUAAAAAGUUGGGCUCUAUAAUUGGAUCAAUAUGCAGGGAUUUACAGAGUGAGUGACCCAUAAACAUUUCACUGGCAAUGAAAUCAGGUCGCUUAGUUUUUUGGUGGACAUUUUCACAGAAACAUGAGAAAGGAAGAAAUCCAGGAAUGUAUAGUUUUUAUGAUUUGGUCUUCAGUGAUUAUUGUGCAUGUGGUAACUAGGGCUGAGCGAUAUGGCCAAAAUAUCAUAUCACAGUAUUUUUCAAAUUGUUAAAGUAUGAUGAUAUUUUACUGUAUUUUAUGUUUAUGAAUAAAACAAGUUAUACAUUUGCUUUAUGAGUAGUGCGUGACCCUCCUGUUGCAACACAUACAUUCUAAGUGAUUUCAAUUGGUCUUUCUCCAUUCUGAUUGUUUUAUACUGUUCAAUUCAACUUCAACCCAAAAUCAUUUCCUGCAUUUCCAUCAAUUUCUACAUUUCCUCCACUCAUUUGAGAUAAUUCCCACACUGCCACGUAGGGCUGCACGAGAUGGGCAAAAGAAAUAGGCCUUAUUUUUAACCAAAUGUUAAAAUUGCGAUUUGACUUCCGAUUUAGAGCAAAACACUUGGGUGAACUGUUGGAAUCAAGGAAAUAGAAUGUUUAUUCUAAUUCUAUAGUUAGAAUAUAAAUAACAGUGGGCACUUUGAAUACAGUGUUGUUUGACAUGACAACGAAUGAAAAUGCCAGGGAGGAGUUAUUGUGACAGGGUAGGAACCAAAGAGAUGGUCAGUGUUUCCUAGGGGAACCUAUAAUCUUUGGCUACAUUAAGUCUUUCUUCAUGUAGCCAACAUAUUCAUGCUCGCCUAUUCCUUUUUGAUUUAGAAGAUUCGGUUGCACAAACAACAUACCUACACCAGCACUGGUAUUAGGCUGUAUUAGCUAGGCGCUACGUUUGCUCUGACUCAGUACAUUUAUUAGCUAGGUAGCUAACUCGCGAUUAGCAUUAGCGGCUAACACGAUUUAGCUAAAACUUGCUACGAAAAUACAAACUAGCUGUUUGCAGAUGUAAGAAACACAAACUAAUAGUGUAAUUAUAGAACGCUUGUGGAUUUAUAUUAAGAAACAAAUUGGAAACAUCGUUGUCAUCAACAUUGUUGCAUGUGCUGCAUUGACCAUGCAGACUGAACGCAAGUGUCUCCAGAGUUGACAGGUCUAGCUAAAAUUUCUAGCCCAAUGACUACUCAAAACCCGCCCACAAGGCCUGAAAACUAGCCCACAUUUGUUUUUCGCAGCAAGAGAGGAGUUGCCACAUUUAGCUAAAGAACCCCUUUUCAAUAACCUUAUCGAGCAAAUUAAGAAGGAAUAUCAAUUUAACUUCUAACGACCUAAAGAAGCAAAAUUCGGUUUUCCAUCAAAGUAAUAAUUAUUGUGAGCUAAUGUGACUAAUAAAGGAAUUUGAAUAUGUCGCAAGAGAAAAUAUAAUUUGCCCUUAUUAAACUUCAAAAAAAUAAAUGUUAGGCUAUUUUCUGGCACUUGUGCCGUUAUUAUGUGCCAGAUGUUAAGACUACAAACCGUUAUAAAUGGCCUAUUUGCAAGAUUGACUUGUCAUUUCAAUAGGCAUAGGCAAGGCCUACUGACUAAAAUAUGGGUUUAUGAUUGUAAUUCAACUUUGCAAUGGUUUGGUUAGCUAGAUGCAGGUAGCCUAUAACCCUUGAUAUGCCUACAUCUCAUGUCAGAUAGCCUACAAUAGCCUAGGAAAGAUGUAGGCAAGAUGUAAGAUGAAUGAGCAGCUUGCUCACUGAAUCAAAUAUUAAUAAUAUGGAUAUGAACUGUUUAGGCCUAUGCUUGUCAACAAAAGCCAGUGUUUUUUUUGUACCUGUAGCCUAAUCUGACUGACUGUUACCUUCAAUCUAAUGCAUUCUAUUAAACAACUGAUCAGCAAUUGUGAUAGAACUGUGACCAUGAUCACAAUUGAUAACUUCCAAUUUCAUUAACUAAACAUGGCCAUUAAUAAUUGCAUAAUAACACAGGGCUACAACAACAAUGAAGUUAUAAUAUAACCUAUUUAUUAAAUCCAGUGGUGUAAAGUACUUAAGUAAAAACACUUUAAAGUACUACUUAAGUACUUUUUUUUGGAGAAGUAUCUCUACAUUACUCUUUAUAUUUUUGACAACUUUUACUUUUACUUCACUACAUUCCUAAAAAUAUGAUGUACUUUUUACUCCAUACAUUUUCCCUGACACCCGAAAGUACUCGUUACAUUUUGAAUGCUUAGCAGGACAGGAAAAUGGUCCAAAUCACACACUUAUCCACAGAACAUCCCUGGUCAUCCCUACUGCCUCUGAUCUGGCGGAAUCACUAAACACACACGCUUAAUUUGUAAAUGAUGUCUGAGUGGUGUAGAUAGCCCCUGGCUAUCCAUAAAUUUAAAAAACAAGAAAAUGGUGCCAUCAGGUUUGCUUAAUAUGAGGAAUUUGAAAUGAUUUAUACAUUUACUUUUGAUAAUUAAGUAAAUUUAAAACCAAAUACUUUCACAUUUACUUGAGUCAUUUUCUAUUAAGGUAUCUUUAUUUUUACUCAAGUAUGACAAUUGGAUACUUUUUCCACCACUGAUUAAAUCAAUUUGACAGCUCCAGAUAGGCUACACAAGUGGCACAAAUUGAUUUGCAUUGACUCCAGUGAUAUCAUAGUUUGAAUUUAUUUGUUGUAUAAAAUGGUAGGCUACAGUAGCCUACAUAGGCAUAUAAAUGAAUAGGCUAAUCGAUGGCCAACAGAUGCAAAUGUAUCAUUCUCCACUUUUAAUGUCAUUUUCAUUGUGGACUUUUCCCAUAACAGAAGCACUCGUGCUGCGCUCGAAACCCAAAAACUGAGCAUGCGUAAAACCCUUUGCUUCAUACGGUUUUCCAUGAGCAGACGAUAUUUGAAUGCAGUUUAAAGCACCUCCGAGCGAAUUUAUCUAAUACGCUCUAGAGCGCCUAAACUCGUUUUCCUGUUUCCACCGUUAUUUCUUGACACGCAUCAGUUCUAGCGCGUUAAUAUGUUUUAUGGAAAAGGGGUUGGAAAUACACAACAGGACAAAAGUUUUAGAACACCUACUCAUUCAAGGGUUUUUCUUUAUUUUUAACAUUGUAUAAUAAUAGUGAAGACAUCAAAACUAUGAAAUAACACAUAUGGAAUCAUAUAGUAACCAAAAAAGUGUUAAACAAAUCAAAAUAUAUUUUAUAUAUUAGAUUCUUCAAAGUAGCCACCCUUUCCCUUGAUGACAGCUUUGCACACUCUUGGCAUUCUCUCAAACAACUUCACGUGGAAUGCUUUUCCAACAGUCAUGAAGGAGUUCCCACAUACGCUGAGCACUUGCUGGCUGCUUUUUCUUCACUCUGCGGUCCAAGUCAUCCCAAACAAUCUCCGUUGGGUUGAGGUCAGGUGAUUGUGGAGGCCAGGUAAUCUGAUGCAGCACUCCAUCACUCUCCUUCUUGGUCAAAUAGCCCUUACACAGCCUGGAGGUGUGUUGGGUCAUUGCUCUGUUGAAAAACAAAUGAUAAUCCCACUAAGCGCAAAUCAGAUGGGAUGGCGUAACGCUGCAGAAUGCUGUGGUAGCCAUGCUGGUUAAGUGUGCCUUGAAUUCUAAAUAAAUCACUGACAGUGUCACCAGCAAAGCAACCCCACACCAUAACACCUCCUCCUCCAUGCUUUACGGUGGGAAAUACACAUGUGGAGAUCAUCCGUUCACCCACACCGUGUCUCACAAAGACACGACGGUUGGAACCAAAAAUCUCAAAUUUGGACUCCAGACCAAAGGACAAAUUUCCACCGGUCUAAUGUCCAUUGCUCGUAUUUCUUGGCCCAAGCAGGUCUCCUCUUCUUAUUGGUGUCCUUUAGUAGUGGUUUCUUUGCAGCAAUUUGACCAUGAAGGCCUGAUUCACACAGUCUCCUCUGAACAGUUUAUGUUGAGAUGUGUCUGUUACUUGAACUCUGUGAAGCAUUUACUUGGGCUGCAAUUCUGAGGCUGGUAACACUAAUGAACUUAUCCUCUGCAGCAGAGGUAACUCUGGGUCUUCCAUUCCUGUGGCGGUCCUCAUGAGAGCCGGUUUCAUCAUAGCGCUUGAUGGUUUUUGCGACUGAACAUAAAUAAACUUUCAAAGUUCUUGAAAUGUUCCGUAUUGACUGACCUUCAUGUCUUAAAGUAAUGAUGGACUGUCGUUUCUCUUUGCUUAUUUUAGCUGUUCUUGCCAUAAUAUGGAGUUGGUCUUUUACCAAAUAGGGCUAUCUUCUGUAUACCCCUCCUACCUUGUCACAACACAACUGAUUGGCUCAAACACAUUAAGAAGGAAAGAAAUUCCACAAAUUAACUUUUAAGAAGGCACACCUCAUGAAGCUGGUUGAGAGAAUGCCAAGAGUGUGCAACGCUGUCAUCAAAGCAAAGGGUGGCUAUUUGAAGAAUCUCAAAUAUAAAAUAUAUUUUGAUUUGUUUAACACUUUUUUGGUUACUAUAUGAUUCCAUAUGUGUUAUUUCAUAGUUUUGAUGUCUUCACUAUUAUUCUACAAUGUAGAAAAUAGUAAAAAUAAAGAAAAACCCUUGAAUGAGUAGGUGUUCUAAAACCUUUGACCGGUAGUGUAGGUGUCUCUGUAAUGACAAUCUAAAUAGUCUGGUCAGCAGCAGCAGGUCACAGUUAAAUAUAUAUUUGUAUGAAAUUUCCAUGGCGGCCGCGGUGAAAUUUAGGAGAAGCCAAAAAAAGCUGCAACCUGCGACCAAUACAUUUUCACCCGCAACAUUUUUUUCAAAGUAGCCCAAUUAAUCGGGAAAAUCGUAGACAUGGCAACCCUGAGUGUCUCGUGGUCAAGCAACAGGAAACGCUCUCCUUGAGUGACAGGGGGCAGGGCUAGGUCUGGUUGGAAAUAACAUGGAGAGAGAGGGAAAGAGAGAGAGAGAGAGAGCGCGGAGAGGGAUGACUCAAAUAGGGGUGUAAACUAUAAAAAUGAUCGUUACACAUGGCAUAUCACAUUUAAGAAACCAAACAUUCAAAUACCGUUAUAGAAGGUAAAGUAAAAACUCAAGCCAGUCCUUCCAUCAAUUCCGGUAUAUAGUAAAAUACGGUAUACUGCCCAGCCCUAGUGGUAACUGGUAGGGCUGGGAUGAUACAGGGAGCAGACCAAACUCUUGAAAACAGGAAGCAGACCAAAUUUUUCGGUCAUUUAAAAAGCUGCUGUAUGUAAAAUAUUGUGUGCUAUAGCUUGGAAAAUAAAUGUGACUAUGGAUGACAACAUAAUUAUGUUUAUUUCCAACAUUAGGGCUGUUUUUAUAGAGAAGUUAAAUCAGAUUUGUGUUUUGUUUCCUUGCCACGAUACUAACGAGUAUCUUGAUACUGAUCCCAGCCCUAGUAACUAGGCAACAUUAAUACAAAGCAAAUACAGACCAAAAGUGAAUAAGAACCCCAUGUUCCAGAUGGAAUUCACAGCAUUGAAAAGUAGACCAUCUUAGAGAAGACCAUGUCAACAAAGGUGAAAGAGAAUGGACACAGAACUCGCAUCUUUACUGACAAAGUAGAAAGAUAGUUUGAAUGCUUGAAAUCCUUUAUCAGUGUUCUAUCCCAAUGACUUGACUUUACUCCCAGUUACCCACUCAGCAACACUUAAAGACGGCAUCAUUGGAAUCACUCUGUUAGUGGAGCAUGUGGGCGUAUUGUGACCUGGAGUCUGUCAGUUAAUGUUAAGGUCAUUACAGAGUAGCUGAUGAGAGUGAUUUCUAUUACCCAUAGUUGAAUGUGGGUAGCAGGGUGCUUGAUUUAGCAUUCCAUCUCCUAAACAUAGAGAUAAAGGAUAUUUGUGUUGUGUCUCCAAAACCAACUUGUCUUGACUCUGUUACUGUGGCUGGACUCUGUCUUCUGGACUGGGAAGUUAUGGUCCUUGUUGUUAGGGCUUUGCAGCGAGGCUAUCUGCUCAUUGUUCUAAACACCCAAUAAUGGCCCCUCUGAGGGCAGUGACUUGUAUGACAAUGUAAUGCAAUGACGGGAAAAUAGGAAUAUUUUCAAGGCAGCAGCAACAAACCCUCUCUUCUCUCUUGUACCCCUCAGUAUGUCCUUCAUAUGGAUAGCUGGUUCCACUUACAGAGCAUUUUUUUCUCUCCGUCUUAUGAAAAUACAUUUGGCAAAUUACUCAGUUGAAGGUCUUAGAGGCUAAGUUCCACAAGCAUAACUUCAUUGUUUAGAAAUGUUCCCAUUUCACUGAAUGAGACAAUGUGUGUCUAGCUCUAAAUGCCAUACGUAGUUUUAAUAGAAUUACUUAACCCUAUUAUGGCCUACCUACCUCUUUUAGUUACAAACCAAAUAGUGUUUUAGUGUGGUGUUAGAGGCCUAUCAGUAUAAGUCAUUUGUCAUAGUGGACAUGAGUGGUUAAUGUCAUGACAUGAUUUCAUCACUUUAUAACGAGAGGGUCAAGUAAAGUGAUAGGUUACUAAACUCCCUCGUCUCCCUGACAGCCAUGACGAAGCUCUUCAUUGUUAGCUUUAGGGCAAAUGUUAAGUAAACCAAUCCCCAUUAUUAAACCUCGAUGAAUGGCAUUCCUGUGAUAUGAAUAAGGUGGCUAUUAUUCAUCCUUUAUAAUAAACACUGUUAGUGGAGAUUCCUAAGGGGUUUGGAUACACAUGGAAUAUACUGAAGUAUAUUGUAAUCAUUGUAUCAGCCUGUUUCAAUAUAGCCAUCAGCCAGUAAAAACUUUGCCAUGUUGAUGAUUGGUUUGACAGACUCGAUUGUCUCAAUGUUGUUCAUGACUGUGUUUUUCCUGUUUUUCCCUCCAUAGAGACCUGAGGUUCAACAAAAUCAAGGACUUACAGCCUGGCUCCUUCAAACGGCUAAAGAACCUCAACACACUGUAAGUCUCCCUCCUUCCACCCUCCUCUAUCUAUUCCCCUACACACUCAGCAAUUGAAAAUAGGGUAAUUGAAUUGGUACCCGGAGAACUCACUGCAAAUGCAUUUAAACUGAGCAUAUACACUUACGUAAUCACCAUUUAUCAGGAGUCAACUACUCCUGUAAGCCACAUCUCUUCCCAGAAACAUCCAGUUCUCUUUGUUUAUCUUUUGUCCCAAGACUCAGAAACAUGUCACAUCAUUAGUGGUCCCUGGAAAGUCCUGCAGUCAGUCAGUCCAUACACAUGAACACUGAGUGGCAGAUUCUUGCUCUCUAUUCUGUUGUGGCUUCACACAUGUAGGUCACCUCAUAAUCUGGGAGGAAUUUAUUUUUCCCCUUCACUCUCCCAGCCAUCUAUCAUGGCCCAGCCCUGCUAGCCUGCUAGCCUACAGUCAGCCAUGUGGCAGGGAACACCCAAUGAGGCUAGUGUGUGAAUAUGAAGAAUUGUUCAUGGAGAGAGGUAGGGCCAGGGAAUGUUAAGACAGAGAAAGACCAGAUGAGAUUUUCCUACAGCAUCAGAUCGACCGGCUAGCAAUGUAGUCUAUGGAGCUCCAUAUUUCAUAGAGAACUAUUCACGGCUUCAACCUCUGUCUCACAGACUGAAGAAUAACACUGGAUCUAAAGCUUGCUGGUCUUUCAACUGGGUAGACGGUUCAAUAUUAGUGUCUCAGGCAGACAGAAAAAGAUGUCUGGCUCUUACGUGAAGGAAAGACUGGAGGGGCCUACUGCCAGUAUUUUUCUGCUUCAGUCUGUGACAGAAUGUGUCUAGCUGUCACUCUGAACAUUGAUUAUACAAUAGUGUAUGUAGAGUUCAUCAGUGUUUAAGUUUAAAGAAAAAUCCAAGGCAGGGUGCAAAGGCCCCUGGUACAGCAUCCAUCACCAAAAUGUUCAAAAGAAGCCAAUUGAGACCAAAUGUUUUUAGGCAAAAGAGCGAGGUGAAGAGGCAUGUUCUGCCCAAUUAAUGUUCUCCUUAUACAGUACCAGUCAAAGGUUUGGACACACCAACUCAUUCCAGGGUUUUUCUUUAUUUUUACUAUUUUCUACAUUGUAGAAUAAUAGGGAAGACAUCAAAACGAUGAAAUAACACAUUUGGAAUCAUGUAGUAACCAAAAAAGUGUUAAACAAAUCAAAAUAUAUUUUCUAUUUGAGAUUAUUCAAAUAGCCACCCUUUGCCUUGAUGACAGCAUUGCACACUUGGCAUUCUCCCAACUAGCUUCAUGAGGUUGUCACCGGGAAUGCAUUUCAAUUAACAGGUGUGCCUUGUUAAAAAUUAAUUUGUGGAAUUUCUUUCCUUCUUAGUGCGUUUGAGCCAAUCAGUUGUGUUGUGACAAGGUAGGGGGGGUAUACAGAAGAUAGCCCUAUUUGGUAAAAGACGAAGUCCAUAUUAUGGAAAGAACAGCUCAAAUAAGCAAAGAGAAACGACAGUCCAUCAUGACUGUAAGACAUAAAGGUCAGUCAAUCCGGAAAAUGUCAAGAACUUUGAAAGUUUCUUCAAGAGCAGUCGCAAAAAACAUCAAGCGCUAUGAUGAAACUGGCUCUCAUGAAGACCACCACAGGAAAGGAAGACCCAGAGUUCAUUAGAGUUACCAGCCUCAGAAAUUACAGCCCAAAUAAAUGCUUCACAGAGUUCAAGUAACAGACACAUCUCAACAUCAACUGUUCAGAGGAGACUGCAUGAAUCAGGCCUUCAUGGUCGAAUUGCUGCAAAGAAACCGCUACUAAAGGACACCAAUAAUAAGAAGAGACGUGCUUGGGCCAAGAAACACGAGGAAUGGACAUUAGAUCGUGGAAAUCUGUCUUUCAGUUUGAUAUGUCCAAAAUUGAGAUUUUUGGUUCCAACCGCCGUGUCUUUGUGAGACGCAGAGUAAGUGAACGGAUGAUUUCCACAUGUGUGGUUCCCACCGUGAAGCAUGGAGGAGGAGGUGUGGUGGUGUGGGGUGCUUUGCUGGUGACACUGUCAGUGAUUUAUUUAGAUUUCAUGGCACACUUAACCAGCAUGGCUACCACAGCAUUUUGCAGUGAUACGCCAUCCCAUCUGGUUUGCACUUAUCAUUUGUUUUUCAACAGGACAAUGACCCAACACACCUCCAGGCUUUGUAAGGGCUAUUUGACCAAGAAGGAGAGUGAUGGAGUGCUGCAUUAGAUGUCCUGGCCUCCACAAUCACCCGACCUCAACCCAAUUGAGAUGGUUUGGGAUGAGUUGGACCGCAGAGUGAAGGGAAAGCAGCCAACAAAUGCUCAGCAUAUGUGGGGACUCCUUCAAUACUGUUGGAAAUGCAUUCCAGGUGAAGCUGGUUGAGAGAAUGCCAAGAGUAUACAAAGCUGUCAUCAAGGCAAAGGGUGGCUACUUUGAAGAAUCUCAAAUAUAAAAUAUAAAACAUUUGUUUAACACUUUUUUGGUUACUAAAUGAUUCCAUAUGUGUUAUUUCAUAGUUUUGAUGUCUUCGCUAUUAUUCUACAAUGUAGAAAAUAGUAAUAAAGAAAAACCCUUGAAUGAGUAGGUUUGUCCAAACCUUUGACUGGUACUGUACAUAUCAUACCCUUUUCCAAAACAGAUUUUUCUGCAUUAAUGCCCAUUUCUUUGGCACUAAGUUGAGGGAUCACCAACUAGGGCCUUUAUUGGAAAAUGAUUUUGUAGUGUUGCAGAAAGUCAGUGACAGCCAUUCUUUUUCCUUGUCCAGAUUUUGCCUCAUAGAUCUGGCAGCCAUUAGAAAUGCAGAACAAAUUGUGACAGUCUGUAGGAAUCGAACCAGAUGCUCUAUAGAACAGCUACAAUGUGCCAGGGAUCUGAACUAUAUUAUGUACUCUGGAAGGUUGAACUGUGUUUAAACUGGCAUUGGCCUAGCAUUAGAUCAUGACACAAUAGUAUGCCAGCAUGGGCCACUUUCAACUUGUUUCUACUAGUCGGUAUGGAUUCAUUUUGUGUAAGUGUAAUACUCCAUUGGGAGGUCUUUCAAAUAAUGGCCAUUCUCUUGACUUUACAGCCUCCUCAACAACAACCACAUCAGACGGAUACCCAGAGGAACCUUUGAAGACCUGGAAAAUCUCAAAUAUCUGUGAGUUGUUAUGCUUUUAUGUCAAUGUUAUUCUCUUCUGAAUGUCAAGUCAUUGAUCGAUUGGUUUCAUUGAAACAGUGUGGCAGCCAUUUUCUCUGACAGGCCCAAUAGGCCAAGGGUUGUUGUUUGAGUUUCACUCUGCUCCUCGUCGGCUGAUGAUUAAGCAUUGGGAAACCUGUCUCGAACUUCUGUCUGGAAACAAAACACAAACACACUAUGUGGCUGUAAAUUGGACGUUGCUACAUUGCUCAGUCAGAACAGAACAAGUGUGUUACUGUGGUAAAUGAAAUGAAGUAAGACAAAAAAAAAGAACCCCCAUUGUCUAAUCCUCUGUACUUAUCUGUCUCUGCGUGGUGACCUGAAGGCAAUGAGGAGUACAGAGGUGGGCUUGAGCAGCAGUCAGGCAACACGGGUUAUGCAGUAUGGUUUAGUUUCAAGUUUUAAUGUCACAUGCACAAGUACAGUGAAAUGACUUUCUUGCAAGCUCUAACCCCAACAAUGCAGUAAUCAAUAACAAUGUAAUACUAAAAAGAGAACAAAAACACGCAAGAUAUAAAAAUAAGAAGAACACGAUAAAGUAUGUAAGCAUACUAUAUACAGGGCCUGUUCCAGUACCAUAUUUACAAUGUGCAGGGUACUGGAUCGAUAGAGGUAGAUAUGUAUAGGGGUAUGGUGACUAGGCACCAGGAUUAUGAUAAACAGUGUAGCAGCAGCAUAUAUGAUAAUUGUAUGUGAGUGGGUGUGUGUAGAGUCUGUAUAAAUGUAUAUGCAUAUUAUGUGUAUGUGAGCAAUUGAUGGAGUGAGUGUUUGUAUGUGUGUUGGAGUAUCAGUGUGCAUAGUGCAGGGUUCCCCAACUGGCGGCCCGCCGACCAAAUUUGGCCCGCGGGUAGAUUUAUUUGGCCCCCCAUGUUUUCGGAGCAAGAAAUUAUAAUUAUCGAUCAGUGGAUAAUAUAUAUUUUUUAAUGUAUGGCACACGAGACACCUGUCUGAUUCACGUCUGUCUGAGUGGACUAAUCCAUUGCGGAGGCACACCAGUAUCACCAGUAGUACAUUUACCGGUAAUUACCAUCAUUUUUAAUCAACAAAGUUUAUUUGGUUACAGUAAUUUCUGUUAAUGCAUUCAAUAUAUCAUUAUUAGUCUUACCGUUGUCAUUGUAGGAGUGGACAUGUUGUUUGCAGAGUGCACAACCUAGGCUACCAAAUGUUUUGGUUUAUUUCAUUCCAUUUACUAGUCAAUUUAUUAAUUGUCUUUUGUUUGGAGCGCUCCUGUCAAUCUUGAGUAAGGACACACACCUGAUUACGCAUAGAAGUAGGCCUAGGCUACCUGGCCUGCGCACAAAUGUAAAUGUAAAUGUGCCCAUUUAGGGAUCUGAUACUAUUUCUGAUUGUCUUAACUCACCAUCAAAGUGGAGCUACUUUUUAUAGGUUGCAAGUUUGCUAGCAGGAGCUUUGGGCCAAACCAAGUUAAUAGUUAAUACAAUGUUUCAAGUUCCUUGCAGACAAGCCAUGCGUAGCUAAUGUGAUUCAUGGGAUAUUUAUUUUUAUCCGGAUAUUUUCUACCUGCGGGCUGCAAUGCUUUUAUUUGUUGGCUAUUUUUACAUAUGUGACCGACCGGCUCGAUUCGGUCUUAUGUAGCAACAUUUGAAAUUGUGUUUUUUACAUUGGAUAAACGUAGAGACUCAGAGCUAAAAAAUUGUAUAUCAUACACUACAGUUGAGGAACAAUGGGAAAGUAAUUCAGCUUUGAAAGUUGAUAAACUUGUAACCUCACUUUUGAGAAAAUGGUCCUUGAAUGUAUUGGCACACCUACUGGAGAGCUCUUCUUUGUCUACACCCAUUCAGCAUCGUUCACACCCUCUUAAGCUUUAGCCCCACCCAGCUCUUUAAGGAUUCACAUGUGAGGCCAUGUACUAAACAACCAAAGAUUUCAAGACUAAAAGCUUGUUUAUACAACGGGUGUGUUCGUAAAUUCAAUUUGGAGUGCCAGACUGUGCUCAGAGUGCGCUCUGGACGUUCGUAAACUCAGAGCGUUGUUAGAUUGUCUGUUCGUAAAUUCAGAGCGGUUCGCUCUCGGAGCGUUCAGAGCGCACACUGGACACUCUGGCCGAGGAGCAGGGUUGAUCCAAGCGUUCUGACCUAACAACAGCAGUCAAGCACCCAAGCUAACUGGCUAACGUUGGCUAGCUUGCUAGCUACUUCCAGACACAAAUGAGGGAACAGCUCACUCUGACCAUUUUACUCGCCCUAGCAGAGAUGGUUAGGGUGUUUUUAUGUUAUCCAGAGCGUUGGUGACUGCAACUGUGCUGCUGGCAACAAUUUAAUUACGCCUUUUUGCCAACGUUUACUGACACCAGCCAUAUUCAAUGGGUGUUGAGCGUUCGCAAAUUCGUCAGUUAUUCUGCACUCUGGCACACUCAGAUGAGUGCUCUGAAAUGGGAGUAGAUAGCCAUGCAAUGGCAAUAGAAGUUACUUUUAGGUUUGUAUCAUUUUCAUUUAGAUAGAAUUUUGAUUAAACACAUGACAUUUAUUUUGAGAUAUGGAGACUUUAUUAUAAAUUAAAUGAAACUGUUCCACGAAAAUGUGCAUAUGAAAAUCAUAACUGGCAUGCAGAUCAGUAGAAAUGGUAAGAUAACUUGGCACUCCAAAUUGAAAACGUUGCCGAACAGGUAUUUUUUCUUCUGGUUAGGCUAAAUUGAUAUCUGGCUCCCUCUUUAGUAAUUUCUGUGUCUUAAGAUUUUAUUCAAAGGGUGUGUCUAUACAGUUGAAGUCGGAAGUUUACAUACACAUUUACAUUUUAGUCAUUUAGCAGACGCUCUUAUCCAGAGCGACUUACAGGAGCAAUUAGGGUUAAGUGCCUUGCUUAAGGGCACAUCGACAGAUUUUUCACCUAGUCGGCUCGGGGAUUAGAACCAGCGACCUUUCGGUUACUGGCACAACGCUCUUACCCACUAAGCUACCUGCUUAGGUUGGAGUCAUUAAAACUUGUUUUUCAACCACUCUACACAUUUCUUGUUAACAAACUAUAGUUUUUGCAAGUCGGUUAGGACAUUUAUUUUGUGCAUGACACAAGUAAUUUUUCCAACAAUUGUUUACAGACAUUAUUUCACUUAUAAUUCAAUGUAUCACAAUUCCACUGGGUCAGACGUUUACAUACACUAAGUUGAAAGUGCCUUUAUAUAGCUUGGAAAAUUCCACAAAAUGAUGUCAUGGCUUUAGAAGCUUCUGAUAGGCUAAUUGACAUAAUUUGAGUCAAUUGGAGGUGUACCUGUGGAUGUAUUUCAAGGCCUACCUUCAAACUCAGUGCCUCUUUGCUUGACAUCAUGGGAAAAUCAAAGAAAUCAGCCAAGACCUCCACAAGUCUGGUUCAUCCUUGGGAGCAAUUUCCAAACGCCUGAAGGUACCACGUUCAUCUGUACAAACAAUAGUACGCAAGUAUAAACACCAUGGGACCACGCAGCCGUCAUACCGCUCAGGAAAGAGACGCGUUCUGUCUCCUAGAGAUGAAUGUACUUUGGUGCGAAAAGUGCAAAUCAAUCGCAGAACAACAGCAAAGGACCUUGUGAAGAUGCUGGAUGAAACAGGUACAAAAAUAUCUAUAUCCACAGUAAAACGAGUCCUAUAUCGACAUAAGCUAAAAGGCCGCUCAGCAAGGAAGAAGCCACUGUUCCAAAACCACAAUAAAAAAGCCAGACUAUGGUUUGCAACUGCACAUGGGGACAAAGAUCAUACUUUUUGGAGAAAUGUCGUCUGGUCUGAUGAAACAAAAAUAGAACUGUUUGGCCAUAAUGACCAUCGUUGUGUUUGGAGGAAAAAGGGGGUCGCUUGCAAGCCGAAGAACACCAUCCCAACCGUGAAGCACGGGGGUGGCAGCUUCAUGCUGUGGGGGUGCUUUGCUGCAGGAGGGACUAGUGCACUUCACAAAAUAGAUGGCAUCAUGAGGAAGGAAAAUUAUGUGGCUAUAUUGAAGCAACAUCUCAAGACAUCAGUCAGGAAGUUAAAGCUUGGUCGCAAAUGGGUCUUCCAAAUGGACAAUGACCACAAGUAUACUUCCAAAGUUGUGGCAAAAUGGCUUAAGGACAACAAAGUCAAGGUAUUGGAGUGGCCAUCAGAAAGCCCUGACCUCAAUCCUAUAGAAAUUGUGUGGGCAGAACUGAAAAAGCGUUUGCGAGCAAGGAGGCCUACAAACCUGACUCAGUUACACCAGCUAUGUCAGGAGGAAUGGGCCAAAAUUCACCCAACUUAUUGUGGGAAGCUUGUGGAAGGCUACCUGAAACGUUUGACCCAAGUUAAACAAUUGAAAGGCAAUGCUACCAAAUACUAAUUGAGUGUAUGUAAACUUCUGACCAACUGGGAAUGUGAUGAAAGAAAUAGAAGCUGAAAUAAAUCAUUCUCUACUAUUAUUCUGACAUUUCACAUUCUUAAAAUAAAGUGGUGAUCCUAACUGACCUAAGACAGGGCAUUUUUAAAUGUAUUUGGCUAAGGUGUAUGUAAACUUCCGAUUACAACUGUAUAUGGAAAAAUACACGUAUACAAAUGUUGACCAAUCGAUUGGUCGAAAGAACAGAUUUUUUUUAGUCGGGGACAGCCCUAAAAUAUAUUAUAUUUGCCUAAUGGCAAAUCAGAUUAUCUUUGUUAGUCACUCCCCAUUAUAACCCCAGCUCCCGUCAGUUGUGGUGGAAACGAUGUCUGUGUUUACAUUCACAUGCGAUAAGUAUUUCUGAAAUGUCUCUCUAGCCUGUCCACCUACUCAGUCUCAUCUUCCCCUCCAUUAACCUUCUCAUCUCCUCCUUUCACCCCCGGGUUAGAUCAUUUAGACCUUCAGCCCACCAGGCUCACUGUAGGCGUUGGAAUGGUUGAACUGUACAAAACUUUGAUUAGAUAUUUUUUGGCUGUUCUGUAGAUCUCUGCUUUGUCUUUACUCAUAGCUGAUUAUCAUGUGAUUGAUAAGUUCAUGAGAAUAACUUGAGACAGACAAAUUAAGUAAAAUCCUACUUUGGUGUGUGUAGAUACUGAUAUUCCAAAUGCAUAGCGUGUCCGAAACUACCAUCUGUAUUGGUUUUGCAAAGUAAUUUUUAACAUGAAUAUUAUAAAUAAGAAGACAGUAUCUGGGACAGAGGCCAUUAUGUCAUGAGGUCCAGUUCUGCUUAGUUACCUCAAACAUCUCAGACAAACAAUGUUUCUGAGGCUAGCUCGUCAACUGCUGUAGAGGAGGGGAAGGCUGGGGGAUGUGUCAGUCACUCACGCACACACACACACACACACACACACACACACACACACACACACACACACACACACACACACACACCUCUCCUCUUUGAAUGCUGUAACUGCAGCGUAGCGGGGGUGACUCCCAUGGUUGUUUGUCUAGUUUUAAUUAUAAGGCCCUGUCCCAUUAAAGCAGAGAUAAUCUGAGGCCAGCACACUGACCAUGCCCUUGUGAUCAACCCUUUACCCCUGCACCUCUCACCCUGCCAUCAUAGCCUGGGGGAUUGUCCCUCUACCUCCCUUAGGCCCCAGUAAAGCCCCCUCCCUGAGGUCUUUCAUGUGCCCUCCACUGUAUGACCUGACAGAAGUCUGGACAGCCCCUUUAAGGGUCAGCUCUUGGUCAAAGGGUCUAGUGUUACGGGAAUAUGAUUCAUGGUAAUGACUAAUGUCAGAAGUCUUUCCUGACCAUCUGAUGUAAUCUAGAAGUAAGUAGCCUUAGCUUGUGCCAGCCGGAAUGAUUCAUAGGAGCAGGAGUCUCUCCUGUUUCUGUAGUGUGUAGUGCUGAGCGAUUUGUGCUUUUUGAGGUCGGUAAGGUUUUGGUUCGAUUAUUAAACAAGAAUCAAUGGUUUUUGAUUUCGGUUUCGCUAUAUAUUUUUUUACAUUAAAUGCACUAUGCAUUAUGUGGGUUGAAUACUAUAACACAGAAUAAAACAAUUAACAACAGACACAUGAUGGUAGUGACUGCCCAUUACUGCUUACAGUGGCUUGGGAAAGUAUUCACCCCCCUUGGCAUUUUUCCUAUUUUGUUGUCUUACAACCUGGAAUUAAAAUUGAUUUUUUGGGGGGUUUGUAUCAUUUGAUUUACACAACAUGCCUACCACUUUGAAGAUGCAAAAUAUUUUUUGGGGUGAAAAACAGAAAACUUGAGCGUGCAUAACUAUUCACCCCCCCCCAAAGUCAAUACUUUGUAGAGCCACCAUUUGCAGCAAUUACAGCUGCAAGUCUCCAUAAGCUUGGCACAUCUAGCCACUGGGAUUUUUGCCCAUUCUUCAAGGCAAAACUACUCCAGCUCCUUCAAGUUGAAUGGGUUCCGCUGGUGUACAGCAAUCUUUAAGUCAUACCACAGAUUCUUAAUUGGAUUGAGGUCUGGGCUUUGAGUAGGCCAUUCCAAGACAUUUAAAUGUUUCCCCUUAAACAACUCAAGUGUUGCUUUAGCAGUAUGCCUAUGGUCAUUGUCCUGCUGGAAGGUGAACCUCUGUCCCAGUCUCAAAUCUCUGGAAGACUGAAACAGGUUUCCCUCAAGAAUUUCCCUAUAUUUAUCCCAUCCAUCAUUCCUUCAAUUCUGACCAGUUUCACAGUCCCUGCCGAUGAAAAACAUCCCCACAGCAUGAUGCUACCACCACCAUGCUUCACUGUGAGGAUGGUGUUCUCGGGGUGAUGAGACGUGUUGGGUUUUCGCCAGACAUAGCGUUUUCCUUGAUGGCCAAAAAGCUCAAUUUUAGUCUCAUCUGACCAGAGUACCUUCUUCCAUAUGUUUGGGGAGUCUCCCACAUGCCUUUUGGCGAACAACAAACGUGUUUGCUUAUUUUUUUCUUUAAGCAAUGGCUUUUUUCUGGCCACUCUUCCGUAAAGCCCAGCUCUGUUGAGUGUACGGGUUAAAGUGGUCCUAUGGACAGAUACUCCAAUCUCCACUGAGUAGCAUUGCAGCUCCUUCAGGGUUAUCUUUGGUCUCUUUGUUGCCUCUUUGAUUAAUGCCCUCCUUGCCUGGUCCGUGAGUUUUGGUGGGCGGCCCUCUCUUGGCAGGUUUGUUGUGGUGCCAUAUUCUUUCCAUUUUUUAAUAAUGGAUUUAAUGGUGCUCCGUAGGAUGUUCAAAGUGUCUGAUAUUUUUUUAUAACCCAACCCUGAUCUGUACUUCUCCACAACUUUGGCCCUGACCUGUUUGGAGAGCUCAUUGGUCUUAAUGGUGCUGCUUGCUUGUUGGUGUCCCUUGCUUAUUGGUGUUGCAGACUCUGGGGCCUUUCAGAACAGAUGUAUAUAUACUGAGAUCAUGUGACAGAUCAUGUGACACUUAGAUUGCACACAGGUGGACUUUAUUUAACUAAUUAUGUGACUUCUGAAGGUAAUUGGUUGCACCAGAUCUUAUUUAGGGGCUUCAUAGCAAAGGGGGUGAAUACAAAUGCACGCACCACUUUUCCGUUAUUUAUUUUUUAGAAUUUUUUGAAACAAGUUAUUUAUUUAAUUUCACUUCAACAAUUUGGACUAUUUUGUGUAUGUCCAUUACAUGAAAUCCAAAUAAAAAUCCAUUUAAAUUACAGGUUGUAAUGCAACAAAAUAGGAAAAACGCCAAGGGGGGUGAAUACUUUUACAAGGCACUGUAUUAACCAUCAUUUAUUCACAUUACUUUAUUUUAAUAAAAUAUUUCAGUUGUUGUGUAUAUUACAUUUGUUUUAUUUUAUGACUUUAUUAUUUCAUUCCAAGUCAUCAUCUCAUCUAUAUAGAACUGCUGCCUUUGCUCUGUCAAAAUCACUAUUUUGUAGUUCUUCAAAGUAAAUAAGGCAUACUUUUAUGACUGUUGAAUACCAACUAUCAAUCACUUAGAUCAUGUAUUUUCGGGUAGAGAUACAUCACGAAUCAACACCUGCUCUCUGUAUAUCCUCAUGCGAUUGUGCAUUCUUAAAAGAAACACAGACCGGACAAGUAGAUGCGCAAUGGAUUAUGGUCAUUGUAGUUAAUUACCAUGUUUUACGCACUAAAUUUAGUAGAAUUUUGGCCUGUUGGAAACUACAACAUCGCACGUUCGGAAUGGAUCUGAUUUAUCUCUAGAGACACUGUGCAAUGUGCCCAUGGAGCUCACAGGAAAAAUAAAUAAAUAAAUAGAAUUCAAAUAAUUUUACCGACAUCGGUCAAUUAGUUGUUCAAAAACAGAAAAAUUACCGAAAUUACGGUUAAUCGAUCAGCACUAGUAGUGGGAGGCAGCUUGAUGUACAAGUACACCCUGUCCCAUGUGAUCUUUAAGCUAUAGCCUAACCAGGGCUCUUGAGUAUCGUCCCAGUCAGGUCACAUGGUCAGGAAGCACUCAGGGCCUUACUUAUCUGUGAUCUAAAUCCAAAUCUCCUGUUGUGGUUUGUUGUGGUUUCUGUUGCUGUUAUUUUUGUCUGAUUGAGUUUUACCCUGGCAUUGGGUCAGGUUGCAUAGUUAGACAUUUCAUUAGAUAGUCAGAGAUUACGGACCGAGAUUACGUUACAGGCCUUGGGUUCUUCUCAGUAUUCUGUCAUUGGCAGUGAGGAAUAACAUCUCUCUUUGUGUCUCUCGAACAGUUUCACAACACAUGUUUGCGGGUGUACAGUCAGACUAAAAUGGCGGGUCAGUUGAGUUCUCAUUGAACUGUAUAAGGAUGAAGCCACAGAGGCUUUGGAGUAAUUCAAGCAAAAGGCCUCAGUACUCUUCCCCUCGAGAGUUGACCAUACAGCUCCCGACUCCAUCCGGUUUCCCACGCAGACCCCACACUUCCAGGCCUCAGCACUCUCUCUCUCUCUCUCUCUCUCUCUCUCUCUCUCUCUCUCUCUCUCUCUCUCUCUCUCGCUCUCUCUCUCUCUCUCUCUCUCUCUCUCUCUCUCACAGACGACACACACACACACAGCAUACAGUUGAAGUCGGAAGUUUACAUACACUUAGGUUGGAGUUAUUAAAACUCAUUUUUCAACCACUCCACACAUUUGUUGUUAACAAACUAUAGUUUUGGCAAGUCGGUAGGACCUCUACUUUGUGCAUGACACAAGUAAUUUUUCCAACAAUUGUAUACAGACAGAUUAUUUCACUUAUAAUUCACUGUAUCACAAUUCCAGUGGGUCAGAAGUUUACAUACAAUAAGUUGACUGUGUCUUUAAACAGCUUGGAAAAUUCCAGAAAAUGAUGUCAUGGCUUUAGAAGCUUCUGAUAGGCUAAUUGACAUAUUUUGAGUCAAUUGGAGGUGUACCUGUGGAUGUAUUUCAAGGCCAACCUUCAAACCCAGUGCCUCUUUGCUUGAAAUCAUGGGAAAAUCAAAGGAAAUCAGCCAAGACCUCAGAAAAAAAACUGUAGACCUCCACAAGUCUGGUUCAUCCUUGGGAGCAAUUUCCAAACACCUGAAGUCUCAAGGUUUUGCUCGCCUGAGGUAGAGUAUCUCACGAUAAGAUGUAGACCACACUAUUUAACAAGAGAGUUUUCUUCUAUAUUUUUCGUAGCUGUCUAUAUACGACCACAAACCAAUGCUGGCUCUAAGACUGCACUCAUUGAGCUGUAUAAGGCCAUAAGUAAACAGGAAAACGCUCAUUCAGAGGCAGCGCUCCUAGUGGCCGGGGACUUUAAUGUAGGGAAACUGAAAUCCAUUCUACCUAUUUUCUACCAGCAUGUUAAAUGUGCAACCAGAGGAAAAAAACUCUAGACCACCUUUACUCCACACACAGAGACGCAUACAAAGCUGUCCCUCGCCCUCCAUUUGGCAAAUCUGACCAUAACUCUAUCCUCCUUAUUCCUGCUUAUAAGCAAAAACUAAAGCAGGAAGCACCAGUGACUCGGUUAAUAAAAAAGUGGUCAAAUGACACAGAUGCUAAGCUACAGGACUGUUUUGCUAGCACAGACUGGAAUAUGUUCCGGGAUUCUUCAGAUAGCAUUGAGGAGUACACCACAUCAGUCACUGGCUUCAUCAAUAAGUGCAUCGAUGACGUCGUCCCCACAGUGACCGUACGUACAUACCCCAACCAGAAGCCAUGGAUUACAGGCAACAUCCGCACUGAGCUAAAGGCUAGAGCUGCCGCUUUCAAGGAGCGGGACUCUAACCCGGACGCUUAUAAGAAAUCCCGCUAUGCCCUCCGACGAACCAUCAAACAGGCAAAGAGUCAAUACAGGACUAAGAUUGAAUCGUACUACACCGGCUCUGACGCUCGUCGAAUGUGGCAAGGCUUGAAAACUAUUACAGACUACAAAGGGAAGCACAGCCGCAUGCUGCCCAGUGACACAAGCCUACCAGACGAGCUAAAUCAAUUCUAUGCUCGCUUCGAGGCAAGCAACACGGAGGCAUGCAUGAGAGCACCAGCUGUUCCGGAUGACUAUGUGAUCACGCUCUCCGUAGCCGAUGUGAGUAAGACUUUUAAGCAGGUCAACAUUCACAAGGCCGCAGGGCCAGACGGAUUUCAAGGACAUUUUCAACAUAUCCCUGACUGAGUCUGUAAUACCAACAUGUUUCAAGCAGACCACCAUAGUCCCUGUGCCCAAGGACACUAAGAUAACCUGCCUAAAUGACUACCGACCCGUAGCACUCACGUCUGUAGCCAUGAAGUGCUUUGAAAGGCUGGUCAUGGCUCAUAUCAACACCAUUAUCCCAGAAACCCUAGACCCACUCCAAUUUGCAUACCGCCCCAACAGAUCCACAGAUGAUGCAAUCUCUAUUGCACUCCACACUGCCCUUUCCCACCUGGACAAGAGGAACACCUACGUGAGAAUGCUAUUCAUUGACUACAGCUCAGCGUUCAACACCAUAGUGCGCUCAAAGCUCAUCACUAAGCUAAACUGGGACUAAACACCUCCCUCUGCAACUGAAUCCUCGACUUCCUGACGGGCCACCCCCAGGUGGUAAGCGUAGGUAACAACACAUCUGCCAUGCUGAUCUUCAACACAGGGGCCCUUCAGGGGUGCGUGCUCAGUCCCCUCCUGUACUCCCUGUUCACCCAUGAUUGCAUGGCCAGGCACGACUCCAACACCUUCAUUAAGUUUGCCGACGACACAACAGUGGUAGGCCUGAUCACAGACAACGAUGAGACAGCCUAUAGGGAGGAGGUCAGAGACCUGGCUGUGUGGUGCCAGGAUAACAACCUCUCCCUCAACGUGAUCAAGACAAAGGAGAUGAUUGUGGACUACAGGAAAAAAAAGAGGAAUGAGCACGCACUCAUUCUCAUCGACGGGGCUGUAGUGGAACAGGUUGAGAGCUUCAAGUUCCUUGGUGUCCACAUCACCAACAAACUAUCAUGGUCCAAACACACUAAGACAGUCAUGAAGAGGGCACGACAAAGCCUAUUCCCCCUCAGGAGACUGAAAAGAUUUGGCAUGGGUCCUCAGAUCCUCAAAAAGUUCUACAGCUGCACCAUCAAGAGCAUCCUGACUGGUUGCAUCACCGCCUGGUAUGGCAACUGCUUGGCCUCUGACCGCAAGGCACUACAGAGGGUAGUGCGUACGGCCCAGUACAUCACUGGGGCCAAGCUUCCUGCCAUCCAGAACCUCUAUACCAGGCGGUGUCAGAGGAAGGCCCUCAAAAUUGUCAAAGACUCCAGCCACCCUAGUCAUAGACUGUUCUCUCUGCUACCGCACGGCAAGCGGUACUGGAGCUCCAAGUCUAGGUCCAAAAGGCUUCUCAACAGCUUCUACCCCCAAGCCAUAAGACUCCUGAACAGCUAAUCAUGGCUACCCGGACAAUUUGCACUCAAUCCUAUAGAAAAUGUGUGGGCAGAACUGAAAAAGCGUUUGCGAGCAAGGAGGCCUCCAAACCUGACUCAGUUACACCAGCUAUGUCAGGAGGAAUGGGCCAAAAUUCACCCAACUUAUUGUGGGAAGCUUGUGGAAGGCUACCUGAAAUGUUUGACCCAAGUUAAACAAUUGACAGGCAAUGCUACCAAAUACUAAUUGAGUAUAGGAUUAAAUGUCAGGAAUUGUGAAAAACUGAGUUUAAAUGUAUUUGGCUAAGGUGUAUGUAAACUUCCGACUUCAACUGUAUGUUUUACUAUCCUUGUGGGGACCAAACAUUUUUUUCUAUUCAAAAUCCUAUUUUCCCUAACCUUAACCCUUAGCUCCUAACCCUAACCCCUAACCCUAAUUCUUACCCUAAUUUUAAUCGUUAAACCUAACCCCUAAGCCUAAAACAGCCUUUGUCUUCGUGGGUACCUGGGAAAUUGUCAGUUUUAUUUUAAUUUAAAAUCAAAUAAAAUUGUAUUUGUCAUAUAGACGUGUUUAGCAGAUGUUAUUGCGGGAGUAGCGAAAUGCUUGUGCUUCUAGCUCCGACAGCGCAUUAAUAUCUCACAAGUAAUAUUUAACAAUUUCACAACAUACAGUGGGGAAAAAAAGUAUUUAGUCAGCCACCAAUUGUGCAAGUUCUCCCACGUAAAAAGAUGAGAGAGGCCUGUAAUUUUCAUCAUAGGUACACGUCAACUAUGACAGACAAAAUGAGAAAAGAAAAUCCAGAAAAUCACAUUGUAGGAUUUUUAAUGAAUUUAUUUGCAAAUUAUGGUGGAAAAUAAGUAUUUGGUCAAUAACAAAAGUUUCUCAAUACUUUGUUAUAUACCCUUUGUUGGCAAUGACACAGGUCAAACAUUUUCUGUAAGUCUUCACAAGGUUUUCACACACUGUUGCUGGUAUUUUGGCCCAUUCCUCCAUGCAGAUCUCCUCUAGAGCAGUGAUGUUUUGGGGCUGUCGCUGGGCAACACAGACUUUCAACUCCCUCCAAAGAUUUUCUAUGGGGUUGAGAUCUGGAGACUGGCUAGGCCACUCCAGGACCUUGAAAUGCUUCUUACGAAGCCACUCCUUCGUUGCCCGGGCGGUGUGUUUGGGAUCAUUGUCAUGCUGAAAGACCCAGCCACGUUUCAUCUUCAAUGCCCUUGCUGAUAGAAGGAGGUUUUCACUCAAAAUCUCACGAUACAUGGCUCCAUUCAUUCUUUCCUUUACACGGAUCAGUCGUCCUGGUCCCUUUGCAGAAAAACAGCCCCAAAGCAUGAUGUUUCCACCCCCAUGCUUCACAGUAGGUAUGGUGUUCUUUGGAUGCAACUCAGCAUUCUUUGUCCUCCAAACACGACGAGUUGAGUUUUUACCAAAAAGUUAUAUUUUGGUUUCAUCUGACCAUAUGACAUUCUCCCAAUCCUCUUCUGGAUCAUCCAAAUGCACUCUAGCAAACUUCAGACGGGCCUGGACAUGUACUGGCAUAAGCAGGGGGACACGUCUGGCACUGCAGGAUUUGAGUCCCUGGCGGGGUAGUGUGUUACUGAUGGUAGGCUUUGUUACUUUGGUCCCAGCUCUCUGCAGGUCAUUUACUAGGUCCCCCCGUGUGGUUCUGGGAUUUUUGACCCCACGGGGUGAGAUCUUGCGUGGAGCCCCAGACCGAGGGAGAUUAUCAGUGGUCUUGUAUGUCUUCCAUUUCCUAAUAAUUGCUCCCACAGUUGAUUUCUUCAAACCAAGCUGCUUACCUAUUGCAGAUUCAGUCUUCCCAGCCUGGUGCAGGUCUACAAUUUUGUUUCUGGUGUCCUUUGACAGCGCUUUGGUCUUGGCCAUAGUGGAGUUUGGAGUGUGACUGUUUGAGGUUGUGGACAGGUGUCUUUUAUACUGAUAACAAGUUCAAACAGGUGCCAUUAAUACAGGUAACGAGUGGAGGACAGAGGAGCCUCUUAAAGAAGAAGUUACAGGUCUGUGAGAGCCAGAAAUCUUGCUUGUUUGUAGGUGACCAAAUACUUAUUUUCCACCAUAAUUUGCAAAUAAAUUCAAUAAAAAUCCUACAAUGUGAUUUUCUGGAUUUUUUUCUCUCAAUUUGUCUGUCAUAGUUGACGUGUACCUAUGAUGAAAAUUACAGGCCUCUCUCAUCUUUUUAAGUGGGAGAACUUGCACAAUUGGUGGCUGACUAAAUAUUUUUUUCCCCCACUGUAUACCCAAUACACACAAAUCUAGUUUGAAUGGAAUUUAAGAAUAUAUACAUAUAUGGACAAGCAAUGACAGAGCGGCAUGGACUAAGAUACAGUAGAAUAUUCCGGUACCCACAAGGAUAGUAAUACAAGCCCACUCUCACACACACACACACACACACAUGUCCAUAUGCUUCUGGGUGUUCGGCUUUUGCUACAAUCAGCCUCAAUGUCCUCAGGCUGCCUGUAAACCAACUCUCUGAGAUAAGCUAAACAUUCAGACUCCAUAGUCUUACAGCAACAAGUCCACAGUUCUUUGGCUGUGGAGCAACAUGGUGCUUUCAAUUUCACCAAUAACAGUAAGUCUACUCAGUUGAUGUCUGUUUGACAAGAUCGAUGUUCAAUUUGCCUCAUCACCCUUGUUGACAUGUAAAGUUUAGUAAGGAAGAUAUGCUGUCUGGAUAUAUUUGUCAUCAAAUGCAUUUACAUUUACAUUUUAGUCAUUUAGCAGACGCUCUUAUCCAGAGCGACUUACAGGAGCAAUUAGGGUUAAGUGCCUUGCUCAAGGGCACAUCGACAGAUUUUUCACCUAGUCGGCUUGGGGAUUAGAACCAGCGACCUUUCGGUUACUGGCACAACGCUCUUACCCACUAAGCCACCUGCCGCCCAUACUGUCAAGAAAUGAAAAGGUUAUUUAUGUGUUGGUUAUGUAAGAGCCUAGAACAGCAUCUAUUGUACUGUAUAUGUGAUAAAUGAGAGGCCAUGUGUGUGUUUGACAGAGAAGAUGACUCUCAGUUCAUUCCCCCCAGGAUGUUUCCAAUCUUUACAUUUGUCAUCUAUUUAAUGGAAUCUGUACCUAAUUUUAAACCAAUCAUGCAGUGAUAUAGCUAAUAUUCAUUUAUUGUGAUAACUGAGUGGAUGGACCUUCUAACUGUAAAAAUACUAUUUAAAACAUUGAACCAAUAAAGUCGGUUUUAUGAUUGCUCCUUUCAUACAGUAACUGGGCCAUUCAACUAAGACAUUCUCUCAUUGUCAGAAUCAGAAUCAGCAAGUACAUUUACGCAUACCCAGAAUUUUACUUGGUGACAUGGUGCUGCUACCAAUAAACAACAUAUAGAGACAGAAACAGGAAUUUACACAAAGUUUACAAACAUUUAUACAAAAAAUAUAUAUAGAACAUAGAACUGUGGAAUUCGUGAAAAUGUACAGUGAGGAAUGUAUCAUUUACAGUAUAAAUAAUGUAUCUAAAUGCAGAAGUAGGGACUUGUGUUAGGUACUAGAGAGAAUUCAUUUGAUUUGUUUUUGACUAAUAUUACUGAUUAUUUCUCCUUUCAGCUAUUUGUACAAGAAUGAAAUCCAAUCAAUUGACAGACAAGCAUUUAAGGGACUUGUCUCUCUAGAGCAACUGUAAGUGACCACCUCCUCAUCCUCCUUUUCCUCCUACUCGCCCUCCUUCCUCCCAUUCCCCUCUGCACCUUUAUAUCUGAUUGUCCGUCUGUCCGGACCCCCACCUUGCGACCCCCACCCCACGGUGUCAUACCGCCCCUAUGCAUGCCGUGUGUGCACCCACCCUUGUAUGUCGCGCUGACACUAUGAACCCCUGCAUGAGUAGCAUGCCUCGUUGCCACGACAACGGAUGUGCGUUACCUGGUCCUAGUGCGGAAAGAUACAGCAUGAGAUGCCCUGCCCUACCCUGUCUUGCCCUACCCUGUCUUGCCCUGCCCACACACUACCGUAGCUAAUCAGAUGCAGACUGAAGCAGGCCUUGGCUUCCCAUGUACUUAGACUACAGAUCCAGCUCCUGCUUGCCCCAUGCCAUGCUGCACAGCUUGCCCUUCACUGUGGGCCCCAUUCAGACUUGAGAUAAGUACACUGAACAUGGACUUAAGUCAAUAUCUUACAGUAAGUUCAUGUUAAAUCAACAUAUCUCAAGUCUGAAAAGGGCCCUGUGUGUCUGACUACUGUACUGUACGCUGACUGCUUGUCUCACCUUUGACCUUACUUGUCAUUGUCCAUCUAGUUGUGUUAUGCACUAGUUCUGUUGUUUCAUAGAGGGCCCCCACGCAUUUCCCAAGCAGAGUGAUCGAGGUCACCAUGUGCCUAUUACAUGUGCUUAUUAUGUCUAUGAGACAUACCUUCAGUAUCGGCAUGAGAAAGGAUGGCUCAAAUCUGUAAAAAUGUACUUGUGACCUUAAGCUAUCAAUGUGAUAUGAUUGGGCACAAUCAAUGUACAUUUCUAUCAUCUUUUCCCAAUUGCCUGUUGUCUCAAUGACUUGACUAUGUUCAAAUCAUCCCAGAAAUUAGAUUAAUUUCAGAUUCUGUUUAUUGAUGUAAUGGUUUUGUUGUGUCUGGUAAAUGUUGAGUGUUUGUUGGACACCAAGGCUCAUACAGAACAUACAACAAAGCAAGCUGUCUGUGCAGAGUAGUAAAACAUGUAUAGACCACCAAUGCCAUGAACUGAAAUGGCCUUCUUUUAGUAAGCCAAUAGUUGAACAAUUCCUUCAACAAUAAACUAUUUUAUGAUGCAACUGUUGCCAAAUGCUGUGUUUAGUGAGAUUGUUAUUGUUGGUUAACCCUUCUGGGAAGCUAUAUAUCGCAACAAUGGGGCUUCAUAUGUCAAUGGAAGACAGUUACACUGACAUCAUUUAGUAAGGGGUGGAUACUGAACACAAUAUUUGGCAAAGUCAUGACAGAGCGUCCGCCAUGAAGGCCAUUUGUCUCUAAACUACACCCUGGCUGUUUGUCCCUCCAUAACGACAUGCAUGCACACUGAACAAAUGGCUAUUCAUGAAGCGAAACCAAAUCAAAGUCCAGGCUCUUUGCCCUGCAGCUGGUUUGAGUUUUGAUACAGUAAUGAAGGAUUUUAUGUGUGGGUGACAAGUUCUGAGCCAGAACUUUAAUGGCCCUAUGGUAUUCUGUUGGGCUACAACUAUGCUAUGCAAGCCAUAUGUUGGGGGUGGGGGAAUAAACAUUUAUUUAAAGUAUGCCAGUCUUGUAUUUAAUGUACCCUCUCCCCUGCUGUUUAAAUGAGAGAAUUUUCCAAGCAUGUUGGCUCGCUUGUUGUCGACCAUAUUAAAUUCACACACGGGCUACCUGUAGCCAAAUACUCAUUUAACGCCAAAGAGACUACAGAACAUAAGCAAUGUAUCUUGGAUUAGAAAAUGUACACAAAGCCUGUUUCUCAUCCUCUCUAGCAUAUGUAAACAAUAGUUCCUUGUCACAAUAAAUCUCCAUUUGGUGCUUAAAGUGUCUUAUUACGGCCUCCCGAGUGGCGCAGUGGUCCAAGGCACUGCAUCGCAGUGCUAGAGGCGUCACUACAGACCUGGUUGUGACACUACGGCUGGUUGUGACACCAGGCUGUGUCACAACCAGCCGUGAUCGGGAGUCACAUAGGGCGGCGCACAAUUGGCCCAGCGUCGUUAGGGGAGGGUUUGGCCGGGGGGGCUUUACUUAGCGCUCUAGCGACUCCUUGUGGCGGGCUGGGCGCCUGCAGGCUGACUUCGGUCGUCAGUUGAACAGUGUUUCCUCCGACACAUUGGUGCGGCUGGCUUCCGGGUUAAGCGGGCGGGUGUUAAGAAGAGUGUUUUGACGGCUCAUGUUUCGGAGGACGCAUGACUCGACCUUCGCCUCCCGAGCCCGUUGGGGAGUUGCAGCGAUGAGACAAGAAUGAAAUUGGGGAGAAAAAGGGGGUACAAAUACAACAAAAUAAUGUCUUAUUACACUUUGUUCUAUUACCCUGUUUACUGGCAUAAAAUGUGUUUUAAUUGUAAUGUUAGACAUUUGUAAGUUAAAAUAAAUCACCGGCUUAUGACUCACAUACAUCAAUUAAAGGUUAUAAGGCUAGUAUGUUGCCAAGUUCACUGUUAGUUGUUGCCAAGGGGCGACAACAAAAUCAAUAUGAUCUCUCUCCCCCUCUCUCUCUCUCUCUGUCUCUCUCUCUGUCUCUCUCUCCUCUCUCUCUCUGUCCCUCUCGUCUCUCUCCAUCUCUCCCCUCCCUCUCUCAGACAUUAAAUAUGGUUGUCUGUGUAAUUCCUCUUGGCUGUUCAAUGUUCUGUUGCCCUUGGACAUCUUCUGGCCUGCCUUAACGGCCUCUACACUCUGAUGAGGGAAGAAUUCUCUGGUUCAGACAACACCCUACAUCUAUCUCUUUUAUUUUGAAGUCAGAAGUCUUAAUGCAUUCAUGGUGUAGUAAAUGGAUGCUGUGCCAUAUCCACUGUUGCUCGAGAUUACCAUGUCUUUAUUGCUGAUUAGUGUAACUUUGCUUAACCUUUGCUUGCUUUAACUGUUGCUUUGUGUGUUUAAUAAUCAAACAUGUUACUGAACCUAACAGUUACUGUACAGUGAGUAAUUGGAUUUAAUAUGUCAUUGUCUUAGCCUUGCUAUUUGUUUAUUGCCGUUAGUUCAGAGUUUUUUUUUUUUUUAGCUCGAAGGUGCUCUGGCAUCAAUCAUGUCUGUAUCCGCAGAUGGGCCAUUCCAUCAGAAAGUUAGCCUAUAGGGAUAGAAUUUACAGACGCUCAAUAUUAACUGUCUGGUAGGGAUACAUGUAGGCCUAGUGCAAAUACCUUCUCACCUGAAUUAUGACUUAAUAGUAUCCCUGAAAAUACAGGAUUGUAUUUUGACAGGUUAUGUAAUGGACAGGUUAAGGAGUUUUUGGAAGGCAUCAUGAAACCUAUUGGAAUGUACUGAAUCUGCCAGUUUAAAUGUUAUGAUUUAAAUUCAGUGGCCUACUGUGAAGACAUGUCCAUCUAGUCUAAAUUUUAAUCCUAAUGUGGUGUUACUGUGCUGUGCCGAUGCUCUGUUCUUUUCCAGGUACCUGCACUUCAACAACAUUGAGUCCAUAGAACCAGAAUCCUUCUCUCACCUCCCAAAGCUUGAACGCCUGUAAGUCCACUAUCUCCACUUUUCACCUUCCACUCUGUCAUACGAUUGCAAGUUACAUUCUUACUUUAAAGUACAAAUUUGUCUAAAUGAUGGGGUGAUGCAUCUUUAAGAAGCAAUAGGACAUAACUCUCCAAAUUAUAUAAUUGAACGAUUUGUUGUGGCAUGUACGUGUUUGUCGGAGUCAGUCCUCUACCUGAGCUAACUUAUUCCAGGGCACUGAGUGCAGACCAGACUUUACAACGUAAACAUUCUGGGAAAUAGACUUGAAACCCCAUGAAAUGGCUUACAUGAUGCACUGUGAAUAGGACGCAGUGUCCCCAACCGACGGAGCCCUAAUGUGUUUAGCAGAAAGCUGGACAUAUAGGGGGGGUUUCAAAGCAGCACGACCCUUAGAUUACCUUUCAAUGUUCUGGGAUGCCUUUGUGCAACAAUGGACAGCUAAUCUCUUCAACAAGUCUCUUGAGGUCUGUGGGCCAUUUUUACAGCUGGUUGUCUGUCUGUCUGUCUGGGGUAAAUAGCAAGAGAAAUGCUAUGAGGACAGACUGCACAGGGAUAAAUGUGGCCAGCGUAUGUUUGGCUGUGUUUGCCCAGAGCCCUCACUUGCUCUCUGUCUGAUGCUCCUCCAAACCCUUCAAACUCAGGUUCCUGACAUGUGGUCAGGAAAAAAAUCAGGGCCCUACUCAGAGGUAUUCUUAGAUGGCCCAAAACCUGUUUUACAACUUCAGGGUUCUGUGUGUUUGUUAAUCACUGACCCAUCAGAUUUCUAUGUGCUAUGUAGGACAGACAGACGCUAAGAACCCAGGUCAGCUAGAGUUAUCCUGCAGGGCCAAAGGGUCCACUGAUAACACCUGGGCCUUUUGUCUGGAGAGAUAUCAACUCUCCUGACACCUAACAUAGGUGGGAUCUGAGAGAAUUUCACCAGGGAAAUAAGGGAACAAUAUGAGCGAACGAUUUUAAUGAAAUAACUUUCUUAUUGAAGUAACAGUAGACAGAGUGGAUGAAUAGAGUGAGUGUCAAGGCUCAGUGAACUAUGUCAGACCCACUGGACCUGGACUGGACCUUCUACCGUGCGGAUGGAUGGAUGGCUCACCGGCCGGCUGGCCUCUGUUUUCACGCUCUCACACCAGAUGUGGGAGUGUUGGAUCCGAUCUGAAUUCCUCCAUCGGUGUCCAUCUCUCCUCGUUUACGGGCUACCCCUGGAAUCCCGCCACACACGUUCCCAACCCUCAGCAGAGAAGGAGCUGCCUGCACACAGCUGGAAAGGGGAAGGAAUUCCCAGGUGCAUUCAUUCUGGAACGUUUGUAGGGGAAGAUUUCCAUGACAACGGAGUGUCCAGUUUCACUUGUUUGUGACCAAGAGAAGUCUGAAAGAUGUAUAUAUCUCCUGUGGAUUGAAAGAGAAGAAUAAGAAGGAAAAAAAUCUUGUUGAAAAAUCUUGUUGUUUCUUUUGAUUUACGGUGAUCGCUAACAAAAGUGAAGGUUUGUUGGCGUUUGGGGAAAAUCUUUCCAUAGCUGUAUUUAUUCAUCUUUAAUCUGUUUUCAAUAAAGGAAUCCAUAAUCUCAUCUUUGUUUAAGAUCGUUGGAUGGUUUUGAAGAAAGGGGUCAUGGCACGGAGCCUUGAUAGUUUGUCAUGAAUGGGAAACUGAUCAUAUUUCUUAUCCCAGAUAAAAAUAAUAUAAAAUGGUAAAAUGGCUGUCUUCCAAAAACAUUUCAAUAUGGCUCCCAAUAUUAGCCUGCAGGCCAACAUCAAAGGGACUGAUGCUGUAAGCGAUAUCUUCAAUGAAUGUCAAAGUAGAAAGCUCAAGUAAUUUAAUAGAAUAUAUGCACAUUCCUCAUGAGUCACUAACUUUAUGUGUUUGUUUACACUGUGACAUAGGAAAUAUGCUAUAGGAAAUAUGCAUAUAACAUAAAGGAAAAUCUUUUGGUAUUUGUUUCUGUCACGAUCGUUGACUGAAGACUCGUGGAACCAAGGCGCAGCGUGAUAAGCGUACAUCUUUAUUGUGUACUUAACAACACGAACAAAACAACAAACAAACGAUACGUGAAGUCCUGAGGUUAUACACAACAAAACUUUACGGAACAAGAUCCCACAAACUAACUGGUGCCAACAGGCUGCCUAAGUAUGGUCCCCAAUCAGAGACAACGAGCUACAGCUGUCUCUGAUUGGGAACCACCCUGGCCAACAUAGAUAAACACGAUCUAGAACAAAAACAUAGAAAACUAAACAUAGAACAUCCACACCCUGGCUCAACAAUUAAGAGUCCCCAGAGACAGGGCGUGACAGUACCCCCCCCCCCCCCCCCCCCCCCCCCCCAAAGGCGCGGACUGCGACCGCGCCACACAAACACAACAGGGUAGGGGCCGGGUGGGCAUUCCGCCUCGGAGGCGGAUCCGGCUCCGGGCGUGACCACCACUCUCUCUCCACUCCCCCGUUGCGCCCCUGGUCUGGUCCCGCUGGCCGGAGCUGGACUGGACACCGGUGGAGCGGAUUGCUCUGGCUCCGGAGUGGAUCCGCUGACUGGAGUUGGACCGGACCCCGGUGGAGAGGAUUGCUCUGGCUCCGGAGUGGAGCAGCUGACCGGUGCCGGACCGGGCUGACGACGCGCACCACUGGCUUGGUGCGGGGAGCAGGAACGGGCCGGACCGGGCUGACGACGCGCACCACUGGCUUUGUGCGGGGAGCAGGAAUGGGCCGGACCGGGCUGACGACGCGCACCACUGCCUUGGUGCGGGGAGCAGGAACAGGCCGGACCGGGCUGGCGACGCGCACCACUGGCUUGGUGCGGGGAGCAGGAACAGGCCGGACCGGGCUGGCGACGCGCACCACAGGCUUGGUGCGAGGGACAGGAACAGGCCGGACCGGGCUGGCGACGCGCACCACUGCCUUGGUGCGAGGGACAGGAACAGGCCGGACCGGGCUGGCGACGCGCACCACUGGCUUGGUGCGGGGAGCAGGAACAGGCCGGACCGGGCUGGCGACGCGCACCACAGGCUUGGUGCGAGGGACAGGAACAGGCCGGGCCGGACUGUGGAGGCGGACUGGAGGUCUGGAGCGGAGAGCUGACACAACCCGUCCUGGCUGAAUGCCUAUUUCCACACAAUAUGUGUGAGGCAUCAGCACAGGACGUACAGGGCUGUGCACACGUACUGGCGCUACAGCACGUGGCACUGGCGCAGGAUAUCCGGGACCACGAGUGUUGAGCCGGCACACCCCGUCCUGGCUGCAUGCCCACCUUUGCACGACACGUGCGUGGUGCUAGCACAGGACGUACAGGACUGUGCCGGAACACUCGCGGCACAGUACGUGGCUCCGCAUAACACGGAGUCUGCCCAGUCUCACGCUUACUAGCCUGAGUAUGGGGAGUUGGCUCUGCUCUAACUCUAGGCUCCGCCAACCACCCUUUUAGCCCCCCCAAAAAAAAUUAUUGGGGCUGUCUCUCGGGCUUCCUCCUCGGCCGGUACCCUCUGCGUUGCCGCUGCUCCUCUCUGUAGCGCGCCUCCACAGUCUCCUCCCAAGGACGGCGAUCCAUUCCGGCCUGAAUCUCUUCCCAAGUCCAGGAUCCCUUCCCGUCCAGGAUCUCCUCCCAAGUCCAGGCUGUGUUUUCCUGGACACGCUGCUUGGUCCUCUUUGGGUGGGAUCUUCUGUCACGAUCGUUGACUGAAGACUCGUGGAACCAAGGCGCAGCGUGAUAAGCGUACAUCUUUAUUGUGUACUUAACAAAACGAACAAAACAACAAACAAACGAUACGUGAAGUCCUGAGGUUAUACACAACAAACCUUUACGGAACAAGAUCCCACAAACUAACUGGUGCCAACAGGCUGCCUAAGUAUGGUCCCCAAUCAGAGACAACGAGCUACAGCUGUCUCUGAUUGGGAACCACCCUGGCCAACAUAGAUAAACACGAUCUAGAACAAAAACAUAGAAAACUAAACAUAGAAAAUCCACACCCUGGCUCAACAAUUAAGAGUCCCCAGAGCCAGGGCGUGACAGUUUCAUUAGUCCAUUGUUGAUAUAUUUCCAAAAAUGUUUUGUAUGUCAGCAAUCAAGUUUUUAAGAUAUAUAACUUUAAAAAUAGAGAAAUACAGCCGAUAUGAUGCAUUUUGCAUCAUACCGGCUGUAUUUCUGUCCUUGUAUCUUAAAAACUUGAUUGUUGACAUAGAAAACAUUUAGGGACUAUUUCAACAUUGGAGUUUUCCUUUAAUCCCUUUAGAGGUCAACCCCUGUCAACCUACUAAACAGUGUGUCAAAUGUACAAAUUACAAAUUACACGCAGCAUGAAGUCCAUAAUUAAUGUGUCUGUCUCUCUCUCUUUGCCUCUUGCAGGUUUUUGCACAACAACAGAAUCACCCAUCUUGUACUGGGGACCUUCUCCCAUCUCCAGUCCAUGAAGAGACUGUAAGUUCACUGAUAACAUGCAUGGACAGGGCAGCUGUGGUGUUGUCUGAGAAUGCGUAUCGACCAACAUUUGACUCCCAUUACACAGAGGGGUCAUGGGGGAGAAUACGAGCCGUUUUUCAACAGUACACCACUCUGUCUAGGCCCCUCAAAUUAAAGGACCUCAAAGCCAGUUCUAUUGCUUUUUUUAAUUCUUCCCCUCUAAUCAGUGACUUAUUUGGACCUGGGACACCAGGUGGGUGCAAUUGAUUAUUAGGUAGAACAGAAAACCAGCAGUACUCCGGACCUCCCAGGGUAAGAUUUGAAUACCCCUGGUCUAGGACUGUGAGAGAGAUGAAUGGCACUGACAGAGCCCUGCCUGUCUGUGUACAAAGACCAGGCAGUUAAUUAGGAUCUAGAUUUUGGCCCUUUUGUUUUCUCACUCUUUUCAACAAGACUGACUUCCAGGAUGUGUUAGAUCCAGAGCCAGUAUGCUGUGGUUGAGAGGUACAGUAGACAGACAGGAGAACUGGCAGGCUGGGAGGAACUGGAUUCAAAAACAAUAUUUCCCUCUGAUUAUUGCAGUACUCAGAUUUGGAGGAUGUUCAGAGUGGGAUCAGAUUAAAUGAGAUUAUUACUGUCUCCUGGAAUGUACAAAUCUCUCUGAAACCUGAAGAGACCUACUGGUAGAAUAAAGAAUAAAGGAAAGUCAGCCAGCAGCCAGUCUGCACUCUGCUGUAGACAGACAGUUUCCCGCAGCAGGAGAGGAGUUCUACCAAAAAGGCCAUGCUGAGUCCCAGUGUUUGGACGGAGCUAGGUCUAGCUGUAUGACAUAGCUGGUGUGUGUGUGUGUCCAUGUGUGCAUGUGUGUGUCUGUGUUUGGCCAGUCUUGGUCCACACUGGGAGGCCACCAGCGAGGAUUUACACUACCGCCCAGUCAGAGUCAGCCCACUACUGACACCAGACAGACAGACUCAUACUGUUUACCUAUACUACUGUAAUAACACAGGACUGGUAGCAGUGUGAUCUGUAUUGUAUGAUGUACAGUUAAUAGUCCUGUAUUGAUGUGUGAUAUUGCGGUCUACAGUCGUGGUCAAAUGUUUUGAGAAUGACACAAAUACUAAUUUUCACAAAGUCUACUGCCUCAGUUUUGAUGAUGGCAAUUUGCAUAUACUCCAGAAUGUCAUGAAGAGUGAUCAGAAGAAUUGCAAUUAAUUGCAAAGUCCCUCUUUACCAUGAUAAUGAACUUAAUCCCCCAAAAACUUUUCCACUGAAAACUUCAGCCCUGCCACAAAAGGACCAACUGCCAUCAUGUCAGUGAUUCUCUCGUUAACACAGGUGAGAGUGUUGACGAGGACAAGGCUGGAGAUCACUCUGUCAUGCUGAUUGAGUUAGAAUAACAGACUGGAAGCUUUAAAAGGAGGGUGGUGCUUGAAAUCAUUGUUCUUCCUCUGUUAACCAUGGUUACCUGCAAGGAAACACGUGCCGUCAUCAUUGCUUUGCACAAAAAGGGCUUCACAGGCAAGGAUAUUGCUGCUAGUAAGAUUGCACCGAAAUCAAACAUUUAUCGGAUCAUCAAGAACUUCAAGGAGAGAGGUUCAAUUUUUGUGAAGAAGGCGUCAGGGUGCCCAAGAAAGUCCAGCAAGCGCCAUGACUGUCUCCUAAAGUUGAUUCAGCUGUGGGAUCGGAGCACCACCAGUGCAGAGCUUGCUCAGGAAUGGCAGAAGGCAGGUUUGAGUACAUCUGCACGCACAGUGAGGCGAAGACUUUUGGAGGAUGGCCUGGUGUCAAGAAGGGCAGCAAAGAAGCCACUUCUCUCCAGGAAAAACAUCAGGGACAGACUGAAAUUCUGCAAAAGGUACAGGGAUUGGACUGCUGAGGACUGGGGUAAAGUCAUUUUCUCUGAUGAAUCCCCUUUCCGAUUGUUUGGGGCAUCCGGAAAACACCUUGAGAAGACAAGGUGAGCGCUACCAUCAGUCCUGUGUCAUGCCAACAGUAAAGCAUCCUGAGACCAUUCAUGUGUGGGGUUGCUUCUCAGCCAAGGGAGUGGGCUCACUCACAAUUUUGGCUGAAUAAGAAUGGUACCAACACAUCCUCCGAGAGCAACUUCUCCCAACCAUGCAAGAACAGUUUGGUGACGACCAAUGCCUUUUCCAGCAUGAUGGAACACCUUGCCAUAAGGUAAACGUGAUAACUAAGUAGCUCGGGGAACAAAACAUUGACAUUUUGGGUCCAUGGCAAGGAAACUCCCCAGACCUUAAUCCCAUUGGGAACUUGUGGUCGAUCCUCAAGAGGCGGGUGGACAAACAAAAACCCACAAAUUCUGACAAACUCCAAGCAUUGAUUAUGCAAGAAUGGGCUGCCAUCAGUCAGGAUGUGGCCCAGAAGUUAAUUGACAGCAUGCCAGUGCGGAUUGCAGAGGUCUUGAAAAAGAAGGGUCAACACUGGAAAUAUUGACUCUUUGCAUAAACUUAAUGUAAUUAUCAAUAAAAGCCUUUGACACUUAUGGAAUGCUUGUAAUUAUACUUCAGUAUACCAUAGUAACAUCUGACAAAAAUAUCUCAUAACACUGAAGCAGCGAACUUUGUGAAGACCAAUACUUGUGUCAUUCUUAAAACUUUUGACCACGACUGUACUAUAUACUCUGUAUUUAAGAGAUGGUGAGUUAUACUGAGGAAGAGUAGAACAUACACACAUCUAAAGACUUGCAGGUGCAGGAUACACAGAAAUCAGCAUAUGACAAACACUAUAUUUGGAGCGUUACUAUAAACAGCCUUUUAUUUUUUCCGCAUGGUGAGUGAUACUGUAGUAAUCUCUCUCUCUCUCUCUCUCUCUCUCUCUCUCUCUCUCUCUCUCUCUCUCUCUCUCUCUCUCUCUCUCUCUCUCUCGCUCUCUCGCUCUCUCGCUCUCUCUCCCUCUCUCCCUCUCCCUCUGUGUGCAGGCGUCUGGACUCUAACACUUUGAACUGUGACUGUGAGCUGCUGUGGCUGGCUGACCUGUUGAAGCAGUAUGCUGAGUCAGGCAAUGCACAGGCUGCUGCCACCUGUGACUACCCCAGCCGGCUGCAGGGACGAUCUGUGGCCACACUCACUGCUGAGGAACUGAACUGUGGUGAGGCCACACACAGGCGCUCACACACACUCACAACCCCCCCCCCCCCCCCCAACACACACACACACACAUCACCACACACACACACACACACACACACACACACACACACAUCACACACACCUUCUCUCGCAUACCGUCCACUUCACUGAAACCCCAACUCACUCCACACAAACCACGGCUUUCCUAGCCACACAAAACCUUUUCUGUCUGUUUAGCUGUUGGCUCCCGACCACAGUGGUCUUGAGCUGUGACGGGAUUUCCCCAGGUGGGUCCCUGUCUGUCUGUCUGUCUGUCUGUCUGUGGAGGUUGGUCUGUGGUCUCCAGCCAGCUUUUGUUCCACCAUGACCCCAGCAGCUGUGGUCCUGGGCUGGGUAGCAUGUCAGACAGGAGCCCCUGCCACUGCUCUGAGCCCAAGAACCUAGCAGCCUGCCUCCUGAAGCCAGCAUCUGCUAAGCCCAUCAGGCCUCUGUGUCCUGGACGUGGGUGGCGGAUGGAUAGGUGGAGUGUGGAUUGUAAGGGGUGGAUAGAGGGACCAAGUCCAUGUCUGCUGUGAUUGUUUUGGGGUUGGGUGUGGGAAAGAAGGAAGGGGUGAGGGAACUGAGAAAGUGAUGCAUGUGUAUGAGGGAUGGAUGGGUGAGGCUGGUAGAAUAUAAGCGCGAAAGCCGCCAAUGGAACCCAAGAAAACCAGCCAAGUCAGGGCAGAUUAAACGUGUUGAAAUGCCUGUCUGGUUAUUUCCAUUACACUAGUCCUUUGGGAAAGGAAAGGAGUGGAGAUAUGUGUUUAUCUUGCAGAACAAUGAAAUGUGUAGGUCUACUGUAUGUAGUACUUAGGCCAGGAAGUCUUUCUCUCCCUAAUGGACUUUUAAGCCAGUUUGUUCCUGUUACAUCAGAGUGGCUUUACCACCCUCAUUAUGCCCUCUUCCCUCAGUAACAGCCAUUGUGGGGUAGGCAGGCAGCAGCUGUCAGUUUACGUUAUAAAAACCACACAAGCCUCCGCAGCUAAUUUGACGGCUCUGACUUGCCUUUUCUUUCUUAAUGAAUCCCCUUCUGUCUGUCUGUCUGUCUGUUUGUCUGUAUGUGUGUGGAGUAAAGUCUGUUUUAAACAGUGGAACCAUUCCACUCUCCUUCUCUCCCCCUCUCUCCACUCCCUACUCACCCCUCUUCUCCCGUCCGUCCUCUCUCCUCUACUUCUCCUCUACCCUCCUCUCCUCACCCCUCAUCUCCUCUCUUCUCUCCCUCCUCUCCCUUACCUUCUCCCCUCCUCUCUCUCCUCUCUGCUCCUCUCCCCCUUUCUCCCCCGGCUCUUCCUCCAUUCCCCGUAUAAAUGAGGGAACAAUGUGCAGCGGGCCGAGCAGCUGUCAAAACAACAGGGCCUGUGGAUGAAGUGCCACCUCCCUGCUGGCCUGGCUACCCACUGGCCUCCUUCCCUUCCCUGUCCCUUCUCUGCCCUGGGCCUAUGGAAGAGCAGGAGCCAGGGCUGGGUUGCCAUGUUUGGAGUUAAGGGAAGCAAACAGUGUAAUUAGUGCCCUGUGCCAAUGUGGUCUAAUGUGGAGGUGGUGAGAGAGAAAAGAGAGCCGGGCUGUUAUAUGCAGUCUGAGGUUACUGCUUCCCAUCGGUCUUGUUUCGGCUGCUGGUUGGCCUGCUGGGCUGGUUGGUGGUGGAGGACCUGGAAGGCCCAGAGCAGACAGAUUUAUGUCUUGGCCUUUCCCAUGUGCAUGGUUUGUGCGUUAGGAGAGAGGGGAGAGCUGUUGGACUGGAGGGCCUACUCUAUGCUCUCUAAUAAAUGUGUCUGCCACAUGUAAACAAAGGGGCAUGUGUGUGUUUGUGUGUGCACACACAUGUGUGUAUGGAUUGAAUGAUGUAUGUGCACCUAAAAGUGCCAGUCUGCCAGAGAGGACAGAGUAUCUGAGGAGGCAGCAGCCGGAAGUCCAGCACCACCCAUGUCCUAGCACACACAGGGUGGCUGACUUAUUUGUGGAGCAGUUUAACUAUUUCCUCACAGGAGGUGAUUUGUGUGUGUGGGUGUGGGUGUGUGCCCCUGUUUCCAUCCCUGAUCCUAACCAGAGAAGCCCCCACAUCAGGCCCCCUCACAGCGCCCUCAGCAUACGUCCACAGGGCCAAUCUCAGGAGAGCAGUGUCCUCUCUCCGGUCCAUUACUCUGGCCGUAGUCAUAUCAGACCAGCAGAGAAUAGAGACAUGACUCUUGUCCUGAAAGGAAAUGGUUCUGUAUUUAUGUGGCUGGUCUGGUUGCUUUAUUGUGUUGCUUCAACCUGUCUUUAUCCCUUCCUCUUCUCAUCCUCCUCUCUUCCUCUUCUCAUCCUCCUCUCUUCCUCCUCUCUUCCUCCUCUCAUCCUCUUCUUCCUCCUCUCCCUCUCUCCUGUGUAGAGGUGCCCAGGAUCACGUCGGAGCCCCAGGAUGUUGACGUGACGUCGGGGAACACUGUAUACUUCACCUGCAGGGCCGAGGGAAACCCCAAACCACAGAUCAUCUGGCUCAGGAACAAGUAAGGCCCGCUCUUCAAUGAGGAUAUCAACGUUGAAACAGUUGUUCAACUUUUGUUCAGUAAUGCGUCCUAUACAACAUAUUGUACGCACAUUAAUAUGGAAUUGUAUUUUUCUCCCUGUCAGUAAUGCUCUGAACAUGCAUGACGACUCUCGUCUGAACCUGCUGGAGGACGGUACCCUGAUGAUCCAGGACACGCGGGAGACGGACCAGGGAGUGUACCAGUGCAUGGCCAAGAACGUGGCUGGAGAGGUCAAGACCUCCCAGGUCACACUCAGAUACUUUGGAGCCCCCUGUGAGUGGAUCCCUCACAUUAUGUAACACAUGUUGGAAUAUUUAAAUAUCCUUCCUUUGUCUCUUCCAUGAAGUAGUCACUGCCUGCAAGCUCAACACUGUACAGCAUUCCCUUAUCCAAUCGUAUUUGCUUCAACAAGGUCCCAUUGUAUUCAGACAGGGUCCAUUUCAGUGAAGGAAGAAAUGUGUGGUAAAAAGCAUUCUGUUCAAUGGAGAGAGUUCGAACAGCGGGGGUUGAAACAGCAAUGACCAUAGCUCUGUGUGCAUAUUGUAGAGAACAGUGGGGUUGCCAUUUAGGUCAAAAGUCAAAUAAUUUAGAGGUCGCACCAAGCUGCCGGGCGAAGAAAUCACACUGCGUUCCAUGAGAAAAGCAUUUCCCUCAACAACCUUGUUUGUUCCCCUGACGACCACUGUCACCCCAAGAGAUUAGCCGGGCUGUCUCCAGAUGACCAGGGGUCAUUGUCCGGGUGACGGAUGGUUGCUGGGCCGACUCUACUUACAAACUGCUCUGAGAACAGCUGUUGACUGUUUCCUGUUUCUUUGAUUUUAAAACGAGAGGACAGACAGUGUACAUAUUUCCUAUAGCCCCGGGCCCACUGUAGCAGUGGGGGAGGGGUCAGAUAUAAACAGAGUUUGUCUGAGUUCAUGGGCUGUAUUAUGUAAGUGUGCUCUGUGCUUCUUGCUCCCUUUCAUUUGUUCCUCCACACCUGACCGAUGAUAUGGUCAUGUGUAGGGCAACAUGUUUUUCCUGGUCAGAUCAAGUGGUCAGGAACAACUCUUGACUUUAUGUAGGAAAUAAUAGACUUCUUUCCACCUAUGUUAUCACUUAGAUACUUUGUCUCAAUCUUCCUCUGUCUCUCCUUUGUCCUCUCUCCCUCAGCGCGACCCAGUUUUGUGAUCCAGCCCCAGAAUACAGAGGUGUUGGUGGGGGAGAGUAUCACCCUGGAGUGUAGCGCUACAGGCCAGCCCCAGCCCCGGGUCUCUUGGACCAAGGGGGACCGCACGCCGUUGCCCACCGACGCCCGUAUCAACACCACCCCGUCUGGGGGGCUGUUCAUCCAGAACGUGGUGCAGGCAGACGGGGGGCAGUACACCUGCUUCGCCUCCAACAACGUGGACACCAUCCACGCCACCGCUCACAUCAUCGUACAGGGUGAGUAGCACCAUCGAGGUGUACAUGGACCAAGUUAUUAAGCAACAAUGUACAUUAUCAUUUGUUUUCAAUUAAGAACCAUAAGUGUAAAUUGUAUUUGAAUGGUACAGAUGUUUGUGUCUGGUUAGAAUUGCAGACAUCUUAUACAGGACACUGUUGAGAGAACAUGAUCUAACUUGUUUGUUUCUAACGCUCCUGUCGUUCCUGUUGUCCAGAGACCCCCCAGUUCACAGUGACCCCCCAGGACCAGUCGGUGUUGGAGGGUCACACGGUGGAUUUCGCCUGUGAGGCCAGCGGCUACCCCCAGCCUGUCAUCGCCUGGACGCGGGGGGGCAGCCCCCUGCCCCAGGACCGACGCCACCUGGUCCUCUCCUCGGGCACGCUGAGGAUCGCCCACGUGGCGCCCCACGAUGAGGGCCAGUAUGAGUGCCAGGCCGUCAGCCCACUCGGCACAGUGCGCACCGCCGUACAGCUUAAUAUCCAGCAGAGAGGUGAGACCGAUCUCUACUCUAUACCCUAACAGGAUCCAGAUGUUAUGCCUGAUGUAUGAAUAUUUUAUCAAUCUGCAUGCUGUUAUGAUUGAUGUUUGAAUUAUGAAUGAAUGAAAUGACAAUUGUGUCUAGAAUGGUAAUUAUAGGACAUUUCGUUUUAAGCACUUUUCGAAACAUCCAAGGACACUAUGUCAAUGUUGACAAGUGUCAAGUGAAUGCCAUCUGUGACAUGAUAAUUAUACUGCAUCUUUAUGUAGGCUAGAAGGGAAAAGGGUUUCAAUGUAUUAUUGUAAGGGCCUCUCCAAGUGCUCAUAGGCUUUUUAAAAGGAGUCAAGGGUCGUAAAGCUCGAGAGGGUGGGAGUGACGAUACACAACGUCUCAGCCUGAAAUCAGAGAAACAAUUCCUCGACAUAGUACAAAAACUAGUGACAGACAUAUGGCUGGGUCUCUCUCUCGCUCUCUCUCUCUCUCGAACAGAAAUGACAGGCUUGUAGUUGUAAAUGGGAUGUGGAGCAGAGCGGGGCAAGAAAGCAUGGCACUCUGUAAUCCCAGAUGGCACCAUGUUUUCCAUGUAGUAAUGGCUGUUAACAUGCAGAAAAGUACUGUAAACCAUUUACAACACUGUAAACCAUUUACACACAACCCCGAGACAACCCUGAGCAACACUUUAGUGUGUGAUGGCUGCUUAAACACAGUGCGACUUUCAGCAAGCGAGACAGAGAGAGAGGGAGACAAGGAGAAAGAUGGCUAGUUGGCUACAUUGACAUACAUGUUUUUAGCCUGACAUGAUAGGGUGUGUUCAGAACAUUAUAGUAUUUCCUAGCCUAGACUUUCCUAGUCUGCUUGGAUAGCUUGGGAACAGUUCAUCUGCUUUAAACCUCAGGAUCCCUCAGGGCUUAGAGGGCUUUCCUCAAACUGGGAAUGGUAUCUUCCCAUGACCAGGUGGCUAGCCGCAGGGGUUACACGCCCGCCAUUGGGGAAUUUGAAUUUUUACUGGGAAGAGGAAAAGCACCUCCCCAGCUGUGUGUGAGAGAGAUGAGUGGUCUAAUCCAUGUUCACAGGGACACACUGAGGAAACUCUCUAUGCCUUGGAUGAGAGUUGAUCUUUGAGUGUUGUGUGUCAAUUAAAAUCUUCAGCUGGCCCCUGUUAAUGUAAUUAGAACAGAGAUUUAAUAGGACGUGGAACUUGAACAUGUGAAAAAAGUGUGUGUGUUUGUGUGCGUGCUUGCAUCUGUCAGUGUGUGUGUGUGUGUGUGUGUGUGUGUGCACAUACUAGCAUGAGAAUCAUGUCAGUGUUUGUUUUGACAGGCUGAGAACAUUAGGAUGACAAUGUGUUGUACUGCAUUGGGAUUCAUUUCACUACACUGUGAGCUGCUGCGAGCUUUGAUGUAAUCAUUAACACAUGUUUUUAAAUCAUCAGUAACGCCUGUUUUCACAAAUGCUCCAAGGGACGUGACUGUGGAGUCUGGCACGGACGUCCAGAUUCCCUGCAGCGCUCAGGGACAGCCCGAGCCUGUCCUCACCUGGAACAAGGUUAGACACCUGUCACCUGGUCACCAUUUACUGGUCACCACGGCAACACCGUUGUCCCAUCGCCGUGGCAACAAGGCUAGCAUAGCCAGGCUCUAGCUGAGGACAGGGGAUGGGGAGAGGGAAGGGGAAGGAGGGCAGGCUGCUCAGAUCAGGAAAUGGCUGUUAGUAACUUUCCCAAUAUUAUUAGGCCUAUAUGUAUUUAAAAAGUGAUUUUGUACAGCCUAGAAUAUCACAGCUUAUUGUAAAACAUAGCCAUGUAUCCCAAGCUGAUUUGAAAGACUCCAUGUAACCCGACCCAGUCAGGCCUGACAGACCCUAUGACUUUGACAUUGUAACUCAAGACAGUGCCCUACUGUCAGGCUUUAUGGCAGUGUUGUUCCCUGUUUGACCCCAUAACCCCACACUAGUCCAUACCUCCUGACCUUUCAACUCCUGUCUGUUCCGGCAACGCUGCAGGACGGCGUCCAGGUGACGGAAAGUGGGAAGUUCCACAUCGCCCCUGAGGGCUUCCUGGAGGUCAAGGACGUGGGUCUAGCCGAUGGCGGACGCUACGAGUGUGUCGCCCGCAACCCCAUUGGCUACCAGUCCGCUAGCAUGGUGCUCACCGUCCAAGGUAAAACGUAGCUAGAGUAUGCUAAGCUAUGCUAACACUAGUCGUGGAGAACUAUAGGCUCUGCAAGCUUUGGUUCCAGCCCUGCUCUAACACACCUGACUCAGAUGUGUUUUUGCUGGGCUAGACCCAAAGCCUGCACACACCAAGGCUUUGUGAUGGCUGUACUGCAGUUAUUGUAACAUGUAACACAAUGGGUUGGGCCUACUCCUCAACUCUAGCCUCAGUGUUGCUUAUUUGCCCUGGCCUGCCUGUGUGCUGUCUCGUGGCAGUUGCUAGCUAGCGUGCUGCCAGUGAACUGUGACCAUAAUGGGUUGAUGUUGGACAGGUCUGCAGCCCACACAUCAGAUACUCCAUGUUUUACAUGGCACACUAUAGAACUACACUACAGUCUGCCAGAAAUGUGUUCUGUUCUCUCCAAUCUCCAGGGUUGUGAUACACAUGUACACCAGUGCCCAGCUCUAUAUGGUGUAAUCACCCAGUUAACUUGCUCUCUGGGGAGAGGAUUUUAAAGCCUUUAGUUGAACUUAUGUUACCUCAUGCUGUCUUGACCAUGACAACGAAUGACAUACGCAGUUGAAACAUCUGGUGUCAGUUUAUGGCGAAUAAUUCGAUCAGUAUUAGUUGAUUUUUUAAUUAUCUUUUGCAGUGCCUCCAGUGAGUAGGCAAGGGGACACCUUUGUGACAUCGUCUAUUGAAGAGGCCAUCCGCAACGUGGACAGUGCCAUCGAAUCCACCAGGAGGCAUCUGUUUGAUGGGUAAGUCAAAUGCCUUUUUUAGUCCGAAGGUUGGAAUCAAACUUAUGAUACUGAGCUUUGUUGAAUUAUCAUUUCUGAAGCCUAUCUUGAGUUGUGCUUUGUGUGUGAGCGCUUUCAACUGAUGAUGUGUUUAACAGGAGCAUGUUUCCAUACACGCACACACACACACACACACACACACACACACACACACACACACACACACACACACACACACACACACACAGCCAGCUAGCUGGGGAAUUCCAGCUCUGUUCUAAUGACAAGCCCAGGAAGAAAAGUUGCCUCUGGGCCCACAGAGCUCAGUGGGUUCUAUGUGACGUGUCUUUGUGCUCUGUGACUGGCUGGCACGUCCAGGCAUCCUCUGAAGGCUGUUUACACAGCAUGAGGGCGGGGUUGCAAUGCUCUGUCCGAUGCGAGUCAUCAUCACUAUAUCAAAAGGAUGACGAGCAUAUCAAAUAUUCUUGAUUUGGAUGCUUUAAAUACUACAGUGAGGUAAAAAAGUAUUUGAUCCCCUGCUGAUUUUGUACGUUUGCCCACUGACAAAUAAAUGAUCAGUCUAUAAUUUUAAUGGUAGGUUUAUUUGAACAGUGAGAGACAGAAUAACAACAAAAAAAUCCAGGAAAACGCAUGUCAAAAAUGUUAGAAAUUGAUUUGCAUUUGAAUGAGGGAAAUAAGUAUUUGACCCCCUCUCAAUCAGAAAGAUUUCUGGCUCCCAGGUGUCUUUUAUACAGGUAACGAGCUGAGAUUAGGAGCACACUCUUUGUUACCUGUAUAAAAGACACCUGUCCACAGAAGCAAUCAAUCAAUCAGAUUCCAAACUCUCCACCAUGGCCAAGACCAAAGAGCUCUCCAAGGAUGUCAGGGACAAGAUUGUAGACCUACACAAGGCUGGAAUGGGCUACAAGACCAUCGCCAAGCAGCUUGGUGAGAAGGUGACAACAGUUGGUGCGAUUAUUCGCAAAUGGAAGAAACACAAAAUAACUGUCAAUCAUCCUCGGCCUGGGGCCUCCAUGCAAGAUCUCACCUCGUGGAGUUGCAAUGAUCAUGAGAACGGUGAGGAAUCAGCCCAGAACUACACGGAAGGAUCUUGUCAAUGAUCUCAAGGCAGCUGGGACCAUAGUCACCAAGAAAACAAUUGGUAACACACUACGCCGUGAAGGACUGAAAUCCUGCAGCGCCCGCAAGGUCCCCCUGCUCAAGAAAGCACAUAUACAGGCCCGUCUGAAGUUUGCCAAUGAACAUCUGAAUGAUUCAGAGGAGAACUGGGUGAAAGUGUUGUGGUCAGAUGAGGUCAAAUCGAGGUCUUUGGCAUCAACUCAACUCGCCGUGUUUGGAGGAGGAGGAAUGCUGCCUAUAACCCCAAGAACACCAUCCCCACCGUCAAACAUGGAGGCGGAAACAUUAUGCUUUGGGGGUGUUUUUCUGCUAAGGGGACAGGACAACUUCACCGCAUCAAAGGGACGAUGGACGGGGCCAUGUACCAUCAAAUCUUGGGUGAGAACCUCCGUCCCUCAGCCAGGGCAUUGAAAAUGGGUCGUAUAUGGGUAUUCCAGCAUGACAAUGACCCAAAACACACGGCCAAGGCAACAAAGGAGUGGCUCAAGAAGAAGCACAUUAAGGUCCUAGAGUGGCCUAGCCAGUCUCCAGACCUUUAUCCCAUAGAAAAUCUGUGGAGGGAGCUGAAGGUUCGAGUUGCCAAACGUCAGCCUCGAAACCUUAAUGACUUGGAGAAGAUCUGCAAAGAGGAGUGGGACAAAAUCCCUCCUGAGAUGUGUGCAAACCUGGUGGCCAACUACAAGAAACGUCUGACCUCUGUGAUUGCCAACAAGGGUUUUGCCACCAAGUACUAAGUCAUGUUUUGCAGAGGGGUCAAAUACUUAUUUCCCUCAUUAAAAUGCAAAUCAAUUCAUAACAUUUUUGACAUGCGUUUUUCUGGAUUUUGUUGUUGUUAUUCUGUCUCUCACUGUUCAAAUAAACCUACCAUUAAAAUUAUAGACUGAUCAUGUCUUUGUCAGUGGGCAAACGUACAAAAUUCAGCAGGGGAUCAAAUACUUUUUUCCCUCACUGUACAUAUUUAUUUUAAGAGUUGUUUGUAAGGAGAAGGGAAUGUGCUUUGCUUCAUUGGCCAAGUAUGCAUCUAAAUGAUAGCCAUUUGUUUUGAUUUGGGAUUGGAUAUGAUACCUGUAGGCACCUGGUAUUGCCCUGCCUGGCUUGAACUGACCCAAGGCAUGUGUGCUUGGUUGCGUGCAUUUGUGCGUGUGUGUGUCCGUGCAUGCGUGCGUGCCAUGGUUUAUGAAUGCUGCGUUCAAAGCACCUCAUAAAUAACGAUGCAGUCAUUGGGAUGCUAUGAAAGAAAUGUGAUGCCCAUAUAAGGAAGUGAAAGCAGGUUUAUUCCCACACCUACACUUGAGAUGGAUUAUGAGAUCAACUAGCUAGUGUUUACUUUUUUCACUCACACCCGUUUGUUAUCGGUGAGGAGAAUGUGUGUGUUGAGAGGAGUUUUAUUGACUGUGCUUAUCUGAACUCUUUCAUCUGCUCAUGUCAUUUGGGUCAGGAAGGAUGUUUUCACCAUUCACUCCUGGUAGACAGAUUAGAGUUGUUUUCCCUGGCAAGAACAAAGAAGGGCUGUAAACAUUUCCAUCUCUCAAUCCAAAAGACUUGCAGGCACAGGAUACACAGAAAUCAGCAUGUGACAAACAAUAUUUGAAUUAUUACUAUAAACAGCCUUUUAUGUGUUCUCCAUGGUGAGUGAUACUGUAAUAAUCUCUCUCUCACUUUCUCUCUCUCUCUCUCUCUCUCUCUCUCUCUCUCUCUCUCUCUCUCUGUCUAUUUCUCCCCCUCUCUCCCCAUCUCACUGUAGAAAUCCUCGUACCCCUGGCGAGUUGCUGGCCCUAUUCCGUUACCCCAGGGACCCGUACACAGUGGAGCAGGCUCGGGCGGGGGAGAUCUUCGAGCAGACCCUGCUCCUCAUCCAGAACCACGUCAACCAAGGCCUCAUGGUCGACACCAACGGCACAGGUGAGACAACAGACAUUGCCUUAUUUAAUAAAGAUGACCAUCUCUGUCACAUAAAGCUCUGGUUUGGAGUUAGCAGACUAUCUAUGCAAAGUGAAAGUGAAGAGGACAUGCGAAUCCACAAACAUUCCAAUGUGUUAGCAGUUGACUGGAUGCUCAUAAAGUAUUUUACUAGCCAUGCGUCAUCCUGUAUAAUGGCAGCCGAAUGUGGUCAGUUGCCACGGGUGAAAGCCAUCCCAGAUUUGGCCGGUCCAGGGAGGUGUCCAAUGACCCAAACAAGGGGACUGGUCCUCCAUAUUAAGGAUUUAUGGUACAUAAAAUGCUCAUGUUAAUGUGGCUAAGGUUUAACAGCCAUGCAGGCUAAAUGGACCAGUUGUGUGAGGUAAUGGAGAACACUGGCUGAUAUAAGGCUGUGGUGCUACAGGCCUCAGAUGAGUGAGUGAGAGAGAGUGAGUGAAAGAGAGCGCGAGAGAGAGAGUGAGCGAGAGUGUGAGAGAAAGAGAGAGAGAGAGAGACAGUGUUUUCACUGGUUAUGACAACAGUCAAGUGUUCAUUGUUACACUGGCCCCUAACUUUUGUCCGUCAGCAAAAACAAUGUAGCCUGUUUGGUUUAUGUCUAUGUGACCUGGCACACCACCUAGCACUGCUACCCUGUAGGUUGUGUAUGGCUGGAUCGAUUCUGUGAGUGACCAGAGAGGUAGAGGGGUGGCAUUUUGGGGGAGAUGGGAGGGGUGGUGGGUGUUGCCGUUUGCUCCGCCAGCUGGCUGCUGACAGGAAGUCUCACUUUUCCCCAUUGAUUUGAGCUACACAAGGCACACACACACACUGGAGCUGUAGCUCAUGCACCGGAGCAGUAACACAGGAAUUGUUACGUCUCUGAGCGAGUCAGGACAUGUCAGAGGAAAACUCAAAUCUGUGCCCUCAGGAUGCAGGUUUAGAUUCCCAGGGAAAACAUAACCUACAUGGUGCAAUCAGCAGUCUCCUCUGUUAGGUGGAACUAUAAAGUUAAUGUAGUAGUGUAGUACACAGCCCUGUGCUUGUCUUCUCUGUAUGUGGCCUUAUAUCCUCACUAAAUAACCUAUUUUCCCUCCCUUCGUCCCCAGCGUUCCGCUACAAUGACCUGGUGUCCCCUCACUUCCUGGAUGUGAUCGCCAACCUAUCAGGCUGCACGGCCCACCGCCGCUUCAACAACUGUUCUGACAUCUGCUUCCACCAGAAGUACCGCAGCCACGACGGCACCUGCAACAACCUGCAGCACCCCAUGUGGGGCGCCUCCCUCACCGCCUUCCAGCGCCUCCUCAAGUCGGUCUAUGACAACGGCUUCAAUCUGCCGCGCGGCGCCAGCGGCCGCCAGCAGAACGGCCACGCCCUGCCCCUGCCCCGCCUCGUCUCCACCACCAUGAUUGGCACGGAGACCAUCACACCCGAUGACCGCUACACCCACAUGCUCAUGCAGUGGGGGCAGUUCCUGGACCAUGAUCUGGAUUCCACUGUUGCCGCCCUCAGCCAAUCACGUUUCUCUGACGGCCAGCUGUGCACUAACGUGUGCACCAAUGACGCUCCCUGCUUCCCCAUCCAGUUCCCCCCGGGUGACCCUCGACAGGCACGCAGCGGGGCACGCUGCAUGUUCUUUGUGCGCUCCAGCCCCGUAUGCGGCAGCGGUAUGACAUCACUCCUCAUGAACAGCGUGUUUCCACGGGAACAGAUCAACCAGCUGACGUCGUACAUCGAUGCGUCCAACGUGUACGGCAGCUCACGCCACGAGUCAGAGGAGGUCCGGGACCUGGCCAGUCAGAGGGGUCUGCUGAGGCAGGGCAUCGUCCAGCGCUCUGGGAAGCCCCUCCUACCCUUCGCCACGGGGCCCCCUACAGAGUGUAUGAGGGAUGAGAACGAGAGUCCUAUCCCCUGCUUCCUGGCUGGAGACCACAGGGCCAACGAGCAGCUGGGUUUGACAUCCAUGCACACGGUGUGGUUCAGAGAACACAACCGCGUGGCUACAGAACUGCUCCGACUCAACCCACACUGGGACGGAGACACCAUCUACCACGAGGCAAGGAAGAUAGUUGGAGCACAGAUGCAGCACAUCACCUACAACCACUGGCUGCCCAAGGUAAGAACCUGCACUACUCCCUCAUAAUAUAGAUCUACUAUUCUCUCAUACUCUAACCAAGAGUUUUGUGAAAGGUCUUCAGAUUGAUGAAAGGUACUGUGUCUGUAAGUAAUGAUGUUGACUAUAAUAUUGAUGAUGAUGAAGAUGAUUUCCCCCCCUCCCUCAGGUCCUGGGUGACACGGGGUUGAAGCUGAUGGGCGACUACCGCGGCUACAACCCAAACAUCAACGCCGGCAUCCUCAACGCCUUCGCCACGGCCGCCUUCCGCUUCGGACACACCCUCAUCAACCCCAUCCUGUACCGGCUGGAUGAGAACUUCCAGCCCAUCCCCCAGGGCCACAUCUCCCUGCACCGCGCCUUCUUCUCCCCCUUCCGCAUUGUCAACGAAGGGGGUAUCGACCCCCUGCUGCGGGGCCUGUUUGGUGUGGCGGGGAAGAUGCGCGUGUCGACCCAGCUGUUGAACACGGAGCUGACCGAGAGGCUGUUCUCCAUGGCUCACGCUGUGGCACUGGACCUGGCCGCCAUGAACAUCCAGAGAGGAAGGGAUCAUGGGAUACCGCCUUACAAUGACUACCGGACCUUCUGUAACCUGACCUCGGCACAGAGCUUUGAUGACCUGAGGAACGAGAUCAAGAACCCCCAAGUCAGGGAGAAGCUACAAAGGUACUUUUGCUAUAAGGCUUUCAGGAAACUCACCCCUGGAUAAAUAAAGAUUAAAUUACCAUAUUACCUUAUCAAAAACAAUCUGUAUUUUUGUCCUUCUCCAGGCUAUAUGGCACUCCCCUGAACAUUGACCUGUUCCCUGCUCUGAUGGCUGAGGACCUGGUUCCUGGGAGCCGGCUGGGGCCCACCCUUAUGUGUCUGCUGGCUGCCCAGUUCAAACGACUCAGAGACGGGGACCGGUGAGCUCACAUCCCCUCAGCUACCAAUUCUAGUCAGAUUCAUUUUACUCAUCCCUUACACAUUUACAGGAGGAUGAGAUAGUUACAGAAGGGUAGCCUUUGUCUUUAUGGUGUGUUUACAUGUAACAGAUAACUAGUGUAACCCUCCCUCCUCCUGGGUUGUGCUACCAGGUUCUGGUAUGAAAACCCAGGUGUGUUCACCCCAGCCCAGCUGACCCAGCUGAAGCAAGCGUCUCUGACAAGGGUGCUGUGUGACAAUGGUGAUAACAUCACCCGUAUCCAGCAGGACGUGUUCAACGUGGCAGAGCUGCCCCACGGAUACGGCAGCUGUGACGACAUCCCCAACAUUGACCUGCGCAUGUGGCAGGACUGCUGCGAAGGUGGGUCACAUGGAAUAUAAAACACAUCUUUCACAUUUAUGCUCUGUCUUGAAUGACUCCUUAUUCCCUAGAUAUACUGUUUGUCGUAGACAUAGUGUAUUGUCUUUCUAUAUGGCUUUGUUCCAAAGUAGUGGUCUGUGGGAAUGGGGAGUUUCUGGGCUUGGUUGUGUUGAUGCUGUGUUACACACUUGUGGACUGUGGCAAUGGUACAAACCUCUUCAGUCAACUUCCUCUUCUCCUUGACUUCAUCAGAAUGGAAGGAUUUUUAGAACUUACUGCUUCCAUCUUGCAUACAAAUAAAGAACACUACCAAGACUGUUGGUACUCAGGGUUACACAGGGUCAAUGUUCGGACGUUUAGUUCUGUGGAAUGUGUAGUCAGAAGCAGCAGGACAAGACAGGCGUCCAGUUCUCUGUCAUGUUGUGCUAACAUUUUAUUAGGAGGCACCUGACUAGGCUUUGUAAUAAUAAUAAUAUAAUAUGCCAUUUAGCAGACGCUUUUAUCCAAAGCGACUUACAGUCAUGCGUGCAUAAUUUUUUUUGUGUACGGGUGGUCCCGGGGAUCGAACCCACUACCUUGGCGUUACAAGCGCCGUGCUCUACCAGCUGAGCUGGUCAGUACCCCACAGUGUUUGAGACAGCAUAUACAAAAGCUUGACUUUGUUUUGUGUGUUUGUCUGACAGUGCUAUCUGUAUGACUGCUGUCAUGUGAAAACAUCAAAGCAAGAUAAGAUAGUGAAGAGAUGAAGUAAUAAACAUGUCUUCAGGCUUUGUCUUCUCACAGUGAAAAGGGGCAUUGACUAGCUAGAUUGGGUCCCCAGUUGUGGCUGUAUAGGGUAGGGCUUGCCUAUCUUUUGAAUGGAUUAGUGGCUCAAAACUGUGCCUUUGAUCAACAUUAGAGUAAAUGCAAUGGGUUAUUUAGCUGAUUUUGGUAGUUUGUUUGUCGUGAGAGAUGAAGAGAAUCAGCUACCUCUUCUGUUGCACCCUACUACCCUCUGACCCCAGAACUGCUAUUACAUUACCAGGCUUUUUAAGAGACAUUAUCAUGUGAUUGUAGGGGCUAGAGAUUAUAUUGAGAGAAAAAGCCCUGAUGUUGUUCAUUUUAUCCCAGGGUUCCAUUUACUAACCAAGUAGGCUACACUGGGAUGACAGUAGGUACUAGUUUGAGCGCUUUCAGUGGGGGUUUGUCUCGCCUCAUCCACUUAAAGAUAUUGUUUGGUUAACGUAUCGUCACAUGUACGAGCAGCGCAGCCAAUUCACCAAUUUACUGAAUUACAUGGGACACUUAUAAAAUGAAGUUGUCUUCAUCCAAAACAUGCAGUAGUAGACCAUGAUAUUGGAAAUUCAUGGAAAGUUGGAAUUGGUGUCUGGGGUGCAGAGGUUUUCAUAUUUGGAGAGCAGCUGAAUGUUCAGUCCAACAAACCCCUGAGUGGAUGACUCUGAGCCUCUUAUUCUGGGUGGCUGGGUUAGAAUACAGGACUUCUGUGAGCAGUGGGCUAUUACACAUAAUAAGCUAUUUGCUCCCUACUGUGAGACACUCCAGUCGCCAUGCAUUUUCCAUUGGCUCAUUUGAAUGUGUUGGAUGAAGGCAUGAGUUGCACUGAGUUAAAAACAGUUUGUAUUCAGGUGGAUACUGUGAUGCGGUGGUUCCGUGUGGCUCAGUUGGUAAAGCAUGGCGCUUGCAAUGCCAGGGUUGUUGAUUCGAUUCCCACGGGGCACAUGUACCAAACAUUUAUCUACUCACUACUGUAAAUUGCUCUGGAUAAGAGCAUCUGCAUCCACACUUUUAUUGGUCAUAUGUGCCGAAUACCAUGAAUGCUUAUUUACGAGCCCAUUCCCAACAAUGUAGAGUGAAAAAGUAAGAAAAAUAUUUGCAAAAAAACAAAAGGAAAUAGUAACACAAUAAAAUAACAAUAGCGAGGCUAUAUACAAGGAGUACCAGUACCGAGUCAAUGUGCAGGGGUACAAGGUAGUUGAGGUAAUUGAGGUAAUACAGCAUGUACAUGUAGGUAGGGGUAAAAGUGACUAGGCAAUCAGGAUAGAUCAUAAACAGAGUAUGAAGUGUGUGAGGUGUGAAUAGUUUGUCUGUGUGCGUGUGUGUGUGUGUGUGGCAUCAAUAUGUGUGUGUUUUGUGUAUGUGAGCGUAUGUAGUGUGUGUGUUGGAGUGUCAAUGUAGUAUGUGUGAGUGGGUGGGUAUAGUCUAGUGAGUGUACAUAGAGUCAGUGCAAGAAUGUCAGUGGAAAAAAAUAACAACAAAAAAAAUUAUACAAAAUGGGGUCAAUGUAAAUAGUCCUGAUAGUCAUUUGAUUGAUUAACUGUUCAGCAGUCUUAUGGCUUGGGGGUAGAAACUGUUCAGGAGCCUUUUAGUUCCAAACUUGCCGCUCCGGUACCGCUUGCCGUGCGGUAGCAGAGAGAACAGUCUAUGACUUGGAUGGCUGGAGUCUUUGGCAAUUUUUAGGGCCUUCCUCUGACACCGCCUAAUAUAGAGGUCCUGGAUUGCAGGGAGUUCAGCCCCAGUGAUGUACACUAUAUAUACAAAAGAAUGUGGACACCCCUUCAAAUUAGUGGAUUCGGCUAUUUCAGCCACACUCGUUGCUGUCAGGUGUAUAAAAUCGAACACACAGCCAUGAAAUCUCCAUAGACAAACAUUGGAAGUAGAAUGGCCUUACUGAAGAGCUCAGUGACUUUCAACAUGGCACCGUCAUAGGAUGCCACCUUUCCAACAAGUCAGUUCGUCAAAUUUCUUCCCUGCUAGAACUGCCCCGGUCAACUGUAAGUGCUGUUAUUGUGAAGUGGAAAUGUCUAGGAGCCACAACGGCUCAGCCGCGAAGUGGUAGGACACACAACGGGACCACUGAGUGCUAAAAAUCGUCUGUCCUUGGUUGCAACAUUCACUACCGAGUUCCAAACUGCCUCUGGAAGCAACGUCUGCACAAUAACUGUUCGUCGGGAGUGUCAUGAAAUGGGUUUCCAUGGCCGAGCAGCACAAGCCUAAUAUCACCAUGUGACAGGCCAAGCGUCGGCUGGAGUGCUGUAAAGUUUGCUGCCAUUGGACAGUGAAAAUCACGCUUCACCAUCUGGCAGUCCGACAGACGAAUCUGGGUUUGGCGGAUGCCAGGAGAACGCUACCUGCCCGAAUGCAUAGUGCCAACUGUUAAGUUUGGUGGAGGAGGAAUAAUGGUCUGUGGCUGUUUUUCAUGGUUCAGGCUAGGCCCCUUAGUUCCAGUGAAGGGAAAUCUUAUCGCUACAGCAUACAAUGACAUUCUAGACGAUUCAAUGCUUCCAACUUUGUGGCAACAGUUUGGGGAAGGCCCUUUCCUAUUUCAGCAUGACAAUGCCCUCAUUCACAAAGCAAGGUCCAUACAGAAAUGGUUUGCCAUGAUCUCAACCCAAUCGCACACCUUUGGGAUGAAUUGGAACACCGACUGCAAGCCAGGACUAAUCACCCAACAUCAGUGCCCAACUUCACUAAUGCUCUUGUGGUUGAAUGGAAGCAAGUACCCCGCAGCAAUGUUCCAAAAUCUAAUGGAAAGCCUUCCCAGAAGAGUGGAGGUUGUUAUAGCAGCAAAGGUGGGACCACACUGCCAGGUCUCUGACCUCCUCCCUAUAGGCUGUCUCAUCGUCAUCAGUGAUCAGGCCUACCACCGUCGUGUGGUCGGUAAACUUAAUGAUGGUGUUGAAAUCGUGCGUGGCCACGCAGUCGUGGGUGAACAGGAAAUACAGGAGGGACUAAGCACGCACCCCUGAGGGGCCCCUGUGUAUAGGUUCAGCAUGGCGGAUGUGUUGUUGCCUACCCUCACCUCCUGAGGGCAGCCCGUCAGGAAGUCCAGGAUCCAGUUGCAGAGGGAGGCGUUUAGUCCCAGAGUCCUUAGCUUAGUGAUGAGCUUGGAGGCCAGUAUGGUGUUGAACGCUGAGCUGUAGUCAAUGAACAGCAUUCUCACGUAGGUGUUCAUUUUUUCCAGGUGGGAAAGGGCAGUGUAUAUGGAGUGCAAUAGAACAGUGGUUCCCAAACUGUGGGUGUGGUCCCCCCCCCCCCCCCAAAAAAAAAGGAACUCAGUCCAGCUUUCAACUUACUCUUGAAAGUUGUAAUAGUAGAAUGCACAAGGUGCAAUUUCGAAAUUGGGUAGUGCAUCAUCAGUUUUCCUCUUGUCAUGUCAGUCAUUGCAUACCAUAGAGAGCUACUUGUCCAGAUCAACUGUCAGCUAACGUUUUUUAGCUACAUUUUUUAACCCAUAGAUUGUUGUAAUGUUUGAGUCUCUCAAAUAUCAUAUGAAUACAAAUUAGACAUGGCAAAAUGUAUAGAAUUGCAAGAAAAUUAACUUUAAAACUGCAACAUUUUCUCUGCACCCGAUGACAAAAUGUGAAGAAUUGCAGGAAAUAAGCUUUAAACCUGCAAAAUGUUCUCUCCUUGCCAACAAUAGGGGUGUGAACAGUUUUUGUCAUGUACAGUGCUUGUGCCCAUAGACUGUAAAUAGAAGUGGCUCAUGCGCAGGGGGGGCAUGGGAUGUUCCCCAAUGCUGGAAGGGGGGGCCUGAGUGAAAAAGUUUGGAAACCACUGCAAUAGAGAUUGCGUCAUUUGUGGAUCUGUUGGUGCGGUAUGCAAAUUGGAGUGGGUCCAGGGUUUCUGGGAUGAUGGUGUUGAUGUGAGCCAUGACUAGCCUCAAAGCAUUUCAUGGCUACAGAUGUGAGUGCUAUGGGGCGGUAGUCAUUUAGACAGGUUACCUUGGCGUUCUUGAGCACAGGGACUAUGGAGGUUUGCUUGAAACAUAGACGUAGACUGUAAUAUGGUAAUUCAUCAAGUAAUAGUGAAAUUAACAAAUGUCAGAAAUAGAAGUCAAGAAUGCCAUUAUGGCUGUAUCAAAAUCAGCCUUGGACAACCGCCAACUAGUUUAAUCAGUCCUUGCAAUGCGCUCAGAUAAUUCCCCUUGAGAAUUUAAGAGCCAGUCCUAAUGAUUUUGGGAUUAAAUAUAUGACCGUGGUUUAAUAAAUGGCGCUCUGUGUCUCUUAUCCUUAGAUUAUUGUUUUUGUUUCCUCUCUUGGAUCUGACCCUGGAUCAGCCUUCACAAAUGAACAUGGGAAAAGACAAGCUAAUAAACAAUGAAUAUCCUGUCAGUGGAGAGGGUCAGAGGAGAAGAGGACAGAGUAAAUACAUUUUCACAAUUAGCUCAUCUCUCAAAUACAUCACUACAGUUGUUAGUUUGCUAAUUAGCAAAUUUUUGACAUAUCAUAGACAUGGUAUAAUUCAAAAGAUCUCAACAGAAGACAUGGUAUCAAGAACAAGAUACAACUAACUGAAACAAGCCACCUACGAUUCCCCACAUGGCAGCUUCCUGUCAUUGUUGCUAACUAUCUGACCGUUCCGUUCAGAUUCAUAACAACAUACGGCCUUCCAGAGUUGUGGACUCGAGUCAUAUGACUUGGACUCGAGUCUGUCUCAAGUCACAAAUUUGAUGACUUAAGACUCGACUUGAUAGAAAAUAAAAUGACUUGGAGAAUCAAGAAUCGGGACUCGAUUUUGACUUGAGACUUGAAAUUACCCUGCCAGAUUUUGUAAUGUUUUGUCACUCAUUUUGUGGCACAGAGUCUACGUGGAUGACUCUACAUGCAGCCAGAGACAGUAGCCGCAGCAUCGCCCUUGUAAAAAAAAACAUCCAUGUUGCAACAGAUUGGCUAGUGAAACACACACUUGGCACUCUGAUUGGACCAGCAAAGGACCUUGUGAAGAUGCUGGAGGAAACCGGUACAAAAGUUGUCCCACUGGCUAUCAUAAGUUGAAUGCACGAAUUUGUAAGUCGCUCUGGAUAAGAGCGUCUGCUAAAUGAUGUAAAUGUACAGUGGGGAAAAAAAGUAUUUAGUCAGCCACCAAUUGUGCAAGUUCUCCCACUUAAAAAGAUGAGAGAGGCCUGUAAUUUUCAUCAUAGGUACACGUCAACUAUGACAGACAAAAUGAGAAAAAAAAAUCCAGAAAAUCACAUUGUAGGAUUUUUUAUGAAUUUAUUGGCAUAUGAUGGUGGAAAAUAAGUAUUUGGUCAAUAACAAAAGUUUCUCAAUACUUUGUUAUAUACCCUUUGUUGACAAUGACACAGGUCAAACGUUUUCUGUAAGUCUUCACAAGGUUUUCACACACUGUUGCUGGUAUUUUGGCCCAUUCCUCCAUGCAGAUCUCCUCUAGAGCAGUGAUGUUUUGGGGCUGUCGCUGGGCAACACAGACUUUUAACUCCCUCCAAAGAUUUUCUAUGGGGUUGAGAUCUGGAGACUGGCUAGGCCACUCCAGGACCGUGAAAUGCUUCUUACGAAGCCACUCCUUCGUUGCCCGGGCGGUGUGUUUGGGAUCAUUGUCAUGCUGAAAGACCCAGCCACGUUUCAUCUUCAAUGCCCUUGCUGAUGGAAGGAGGGUUUCACUCAAAAUCUCACGAUACAUGGCCCCAUUCAUUCUUUCCUUUACACGGAUCAGUCGUCCUGGUCCCUUUGCAGAACAACAGCCCCAAAGCAUGAUGUUUCCAACCCCAUGCUUCACAGUAGGUAUGGUGUUCUUUGGAUGCAACUCAGCAUUCUUUGUCCUCCAAACAUGACGAGUUGAGUUUUUACCAAAAAGUUAUAUUUUGGUUUCAUCUGACCAUAUGACAUUCUCCCAAUCCUCUUCUGGAUCAUCCAAAUGCACUUCAGACGGGCCUGGACAUGUACUGGCUUAAGCAGGGGGACACGUCUCGCACUGCAGGAUUUGAGUCCCUGGCGGCGUAGUGUGUUACUGAUGGUUGGCUUUGUUACUUUGGUCCCAGCUCUCUGCAGGUCAUUCACUAGGUCCCCCCGUGUGGUUCUGGGAUUUUUGCUCACCGUUCUUGUGAUCAUUUUGACCCCAUGGGGUGAGAUCUUGCGUGGAGCCCCAGAUCGAGGGAGAUUAUCAGGGGUCUUGUAUGUCUUCCAUUUCCUAAUAAUUGCUCCCACAGUUGAUUUCUUCAAACCAAGCUGCUUACCUAUUGCAGAUUCAGUCUUCCCAGCCUGGUGCAGGUCUACAAUUUUGUUUUUGGUGUCCUUUGACAGCUCUUUGGUCUUGGCCAUUGUGAAGUUUGGAGUGUGACUGUUUGAGGUUGUGGACAGGUGUAUUUUAUACUGAUAACAAGUUCAAACAGGUGCCAUUAAUACAGGUAAUGAGUGGAGGACAGAGGAGCCUCUUAAAGAAGAAGUUACAGGUCUGUGAGAGCCAGAAAUCUUGCUUGUUUGUAGGUGACCAAAUACUUAUUUUCCACCAUAAUUUGCAAAUAAAUUCAUUAAAAAUCCUACAAUGGGAUUUUCUGGAUUUUUUUUCCUCAAUUUGUCUGUCAUAGUUGACGUGUACCUAUGAUGAAAAUUACAGGCCUCUCUCAUCUUUUUAAGUGGGAGAACUUGCACAAUUGGUGGCUGACUAAAUACUUUUUUUCCCCACUGUAAAUGUAAUGUAUCUAUAUCCACAGUAAAACAAGUCUUAUAUCGACAUAACCUGAAAGGCCGCUCAGCAAGGAAGAAGCCACUGCUCCAAAACCGCCAUAAAAAAGCCAGACUACGGUUUGCAACUGCACAUGGGGACAAAGAUCGUACUUCUUGGAUAAAUGUCCUCUGGUCUGAUGAAACAAAAAUAGAACUGUUUGGCCAUAAUGACCAUCGUUAUGUUUGGAGGAAAAAGGGGGUAGCUUGCAAGCCGAAGAACACCAUCCCAACCGUGAAGCACGGGGGUGGCAGCAUCAUGCUGUGGGGGUGCUUUGCUGCAGGAGGGACUGGUGCACUUCACAAAAUAGAUGGCAUCAUGAGGAAGGAAAAUUAUGUGGAUAUAUUGAAGCAACAUCUCAAGACAUCAGUCAGGAAGUUAAAGCUUGGUCGCAAAUGGGUCUUCCAAAUGGACAAUGACCCCAAGCAUACUUCCAAAGUUGUGGCAAAAUGGCUUAAGGACAAUAAAGUCAAGGUAUUGGAGUGGCCAUCACAAAGCCCUGACCUCAAUCCUAUAGAAAAUCUGUGGGCAGAACUGAAAAAGUGUGUGCGUGCAAGGAGGCCUACAAACCUGACUCAGUUACAUCAGCUCUGUCAGAAGGAAUGGGCCAAAAUUCACCCAACUUAUUGUGGGAAGCUUGUGGAAGGCUACCUGAAACGUUUGACCCAAGUUAAACAAUUUAAAGACAAUGCUACCAAAUACUAAUUGAGUGUAUGUAAACUUCUGACCCACUGGUAAUGUGAUCAAAGAAAUAAAAGCUGAAAUAAAUAAUUCUCUCUACUAUUAUUCUGACAUUUCACAUUCUUAAAAUAAAGUGGUGAUCCUAACUGACCUAAGACAGGGAAUUUUUACUAGGAUUAAAUGUAAGGAAUUGUGAAAAACUGAGUUUAAAUGUAUUUGGCUAUGGUAUAUAUAAACUUCUGACUUCAACUGUAUAUUACAUAUAAUACUACAAUAAUUGCUAGCGUGUCAUCAUUCCAUCCCGUACCGUUUAUUGCAACAUGUAGACAUUUCUGUUUCAAUGUUUGAUAGGUCUACGAUACAUUUUCAUUUAGCCAACCAUUUGUUACCCUGCUCUGAGUGGGCGCAAUGUGUAUAGUGCUUUGUCUCUGUCAAUUUUGCUGUGCGUAAUAGGAGCCCGUGGCCUGCGCUCCAUGCUUUGGAGUCAGAACGUUGAAUAAGACACAAUUAUUGUUCCAUGAAUGCAUGGUGUUGAAAUAUCAUUAGUACUCAUUAAGUCUGAUUGAAGACGAAUGUACCAAUGUAACAAUGGAUGUGGAAAUUGCCUUUUACAUAAUAGAACCAGUUUAUUCCUUGUAAUUGCCAAUUGGGUAAUUGUAUGGUCCAGGGGGCCAAGUACUUAUAUUAUGUAGGCCUACUUGUUUGAGCUCCUGUUAGACAGAUUCGAUUUGGUUUCUCAAGGUGAGGCUGUAUAAUUUUGCCCUCUACCUGUGUCGUUCAGAGAGGACAGGUUAAGCCUGACACAGAGGCUAUUUCUUUUGGGCUAUUGCCCGUGUAUAUCCGUGUAUAUUUGGUAAAUCUACUUGUAUAUUUUGUAUAUGACACUUUCACCAUUGGAUCACCAAGACCUGUAAAUAAAUAUACACUCUGAGCACUUCAACCUGCCCUGCCUUCUGCUGAUUUCAUGCCGUUACCACUGCUACAUGGUCCAUAUUUUACAAUUACAUAAGCUAAUCAAAAUAAUAAAAAGGUCUGUCCUCAAUAAGUAGACAAAGAUUUGUAGUUGAACAAGUAAUUGCAUGUAUAGAUUUAUUUUACUUGACUUGAAACCUGUGACUCGACUUGACUUGCUCUUAGAAUGCACGACUCAGACUUGACUCGAGUCUUGACCCGUUCUACUUGGGACUCGACUUGAGACUUGGACCUUGUGAUUUGAGACUUGCUUGUGACUUGAAAAUAGUGACUUGGUCCCACCUCUGCGGCCUUCUACCCCUGCGACGCGCACUUAACAUUUUCGCGACAUUGUCAGGCAACCCGUCUAUAAGGUGUGUAUGUGUCUGAGGGCUGGUGAGGCGAGUGUAUUAUCUGAUCUGGGACCAGUCUGAAUGGCAGUGUGUGGGAGGGUGGCCUCUCAUUAGCCCUGCUCUCAGAUCAGCUCUUUGAAGUGUGAUGAAAGGGGACCGGCAGAUGAAGUGGUGUGUAUUCAGGGCAGAUCCCCCACCUACCACCCACCACACUAUACUAUGGUGUGAGUGAGAGACUGUAAUCAGAGACACUUCAGCUACCACCCUACCAGCAUCAGUGAUUACAUCACAGCUAAGACUGCACAUUGCAUGGGCCCUGGGCUUGAACUAAUUGGUCUUUAUGCAAUCUGAGUUUCCUGAUAUGCCCCGUUGUCUAAGUUGUGAUUUGUUGUACCCCCCCAGACUGCAGGACCAAGGGUCAGUUCAAUGCCCUGUCCUACCAUUUCAGAGGGCGCAGGUCAGUGGACCAGAGCUCUGCCAAGAAGAAGCCUGCCAACAGCAUACAGGAGAACAGCAGGUAACAACUAAUGCUACUUGUUUGGUACCUUGUCAUUCUCUGACUACAUGAAGUUCCUUGAAUGUGAUAACCAUUCUGCGUCAUAGCUAACGACUGUGGUGACUAAAAACACUAUAACUUACAAAGUUAUGCUAUAAUAAGGUUGGGAUAUAUUUUGGGAUGUGUUUUCUUACAUUCCAGCCCAGCUGAAGGCGCUCCUGAAAGUCUUGUGAAUGUCACUCUCACCUCACAACAAAGCACUGAACCCUCGCUGAAUGACUUCCAAGACUUUGUCGUAGACAUGCAGAAGACAAUCACAAGUUUACGAAAGCAGGUGAGAACAGUUGUGUACUGCACACAGGCUACAUCAGCUGGGUUUUUUUUUAUUCUUCCUGCUCAUCACACAUUCAAAUAGCAACCCCAGUCUUUUUUGGAUAGUGAUUUGAGUGCUUCCUUUCCUCCUUCCUUUACAUUGCAAGUCCAGACAUGUUCAGCUCAGGCUCUUACAGGCAGAACCCAUGCAGAACCUUGUAGAAUCCAGACACUGUUCCAAUAUUAUUAGCCUGUAUUCUAUGUGCCCAGAUUGAACAUGAUAUGCUGCCUGAGGGUAGAGUAUCAUAUAGCAUGUAGCACACUGGGGUGGGAUGAAGGGAAACUAACGGUGCUGUAGGCUAACAUGGCUUUGAUUAAGUCGUCAGCGGUAUAGAUGAUUUAAACAGACUGGGCCCUGAGUCCCAGCCUUGGCCCCUCUGUGUGCUGCCUAGGUCUUUCAACACUAAGGGAGGGGUAUUUAUUGUAAGUCGAUGGUUAAAUAAAUCUAGGUUGUUCGCAUGACUUGCAUUACAGGAAAGACGUGGGCUGUGUGCGUACGUACGUGUGUACGUGCUUUGUGUGUUGCUCUGAUCUUUAGUUAGCAGAGAAAGAUGGCAUUACAGUAGUCUAAACUGUCUUCCCUCUACAUACCUCCUUUUCUUAAUCUCCAUUUACACUCCUGUCCCUGUCUGUCUGUGCAGAUUAAAAGACUUGAAGCUCGUCUGAGUAAGACAGACUGCACUGAUGCGGAGGGUCGUGAACGAUCGGACGGAGAGAGGUGGAAGAAUGAUCCAUGUUCCACAUGCGAGUGCAAAGUAUGCACACACACACACACACACACACACACACACACACACACACACAUACGUGUCCAUACAGACCACACACACAAGUACAGACUACACACAGACUUGCACAACCACAGUCUAUUCACCACCCACUCCUCAACAGGCACACAGUGCAAAGUGUACGUUAUAUUCACUUCUCACAUUCACACCCAGCUUAUCAGGCCUGUUUGCCAUUAGGGGCCUCUUCCCACACCUUUUCACACUGCCCAGAGUUGGGCUAGCUGAUUAGAUUGACAGUGCCAGCCCCACUCCACUCAGCACCAUGCCAGUGCCAGAAUCCACCUGUCCUGUCCCGUUCUGUCCUUGUCUGACACCAUGGCCAGCAUUAUAUCCUUCUCUCGCUCUACCUUUUGGCAGUACCAACCAUCUGGCACUGCAGACCCAUGUACAGUGUGUCACUUUUCUGCUUGACCGACUCAUUUCAUCUCUUUAUCUCCAUGACUCUCUAGUCUCUCACUGUUCCAACUGAUGGCAGAGGGGAAGGUCUCUCAUGCCAAACCUGAUGGUCCCCCCCUCUCUCCCCCCUCUAUGUCUCUCCCUCUCUCUUUUUGUCUUCCCCCACUCCCUCACUCCAGGGUGCCCAGGUGACGUGUUUCGUGGAGUCGUGUCCACCGGUGGAGUGCCAGAGGCCUGUGAAGCUAAAAGGAGCAUGCUGCCCCGUGUGUCUCAACCAGGGAGAGGGAGAGGCCAGCAACAGCCAGACCCAGACAGGGAAACAGGCGCCGGGUAGCCACCACCAUGUAUAACCUCUCAGGGGCCACCAUGUAUACACACAGAGGGAGAGACCCUGACGGUGUGCUUAUCUUACAGCCACCUGCACCCAAUUGCCUCGUUUUUUAUUCGUGUUUCUACAAAAAUCAUUAUUGUUUUCUUUUUUUGAUUUUGAUUGUCAUGUCUCCGUGGCCAACUAACUGCCGGAGGCUUGGUUUCAAAUCCACUGGCAACGGGAGAGCAGUCGCUAUUGAUCUGCUUCCUUCUGGAACGAUGAAUGGAUGGAUGAAUAAAUGGAUGGAUGGACAGAUGGACAACCCCCCUUCCUGGCCCGGGCCCUCCCAAACAGGGCCUCAGAUAGUCUCUGAUCUGAAGUGUUACCCCACCACUGCAUUUGAAGGCCCCACAAAACGCCUGAAACAAAUGUGUGGUGUGAAGAGGAGGGAAUGGCACUGCAGCCGAGCAGGAAGGGGAAGUAGGUCGGCCAUGUUGUCUCACAAAGCUUUCUCAGGUUAGAGAUGCUGAAAAAAACUGGUGCUAUUUUUCCCCUUUGUCUUAACGAUUUAGUCACUAAAUACUUCAAAGUAAUGUUUUCGUUUUUGUUUGUUUUUUAACAAUAUGCAAAGCAACAUAUACACUCAUUAUGUGCCUUCUCAUCUUUAAAAAAAUCGCAUUUGAGAUAAUCUUUUUUUAUUUGCUCGAAAUACAUUUUAUGUACAAAAUUACGCUUUUACUAAAUUUAUAUGGUGCUCUAUAUCAUAUUAUAAAUACCGGUAUGUAUUUCUCCCUUUUGUAUCACCUGCUUACAUAUGAAGAUAAUGUGAAGCCCUACAAAAACUUUUGUAAUGCAAAGAUGUCUACUGAUUAUUACCUUGUUAUCACAUGUUGCUCCAAUGGCAACUGUUGGUGAACUAAAUAACAUCUGGUAUUUAGAUAUGUUCUCUUCUCUCCCCAAGGCCAUGUCAACACUUUUACGAACUUGAGGGAUGUUGGUUGGAGUUGGGGAUGGGGUUGGGUUUGAGGCAGGAUGUUCCCUUUUGGCCUAACCACUCCUUAUUGGAAGGCAUAAUGCAUUUUUAUCUCUCAAGAUGUAAUGCUUUUUUCACACUCCAUGUUGUAAAAGCAGUGAAAGGCCAUUUGUUACCACUGUAGAGAUGUAGUAGUUUUUGUCCCGACGUUUUCAGUGUUUGCCUACUCCCUCAGUGCCUACUGCAAACCUACCACAGCAGUAUUCUCAGUCUUACCCCUAGUGUCCCCUUUUCCCCUCUGUCCAGCAUUAACCCAUACUCAAACGUAGACAUUGAAGGACUGCAGCCAUACCACUUUACUCUAACUAACUAUCUGGUGCUCUCAUGACCGAACACACAGCUUUUCAGCUCCAGUUUACAGAAGGACACUCACAUGCAUUCCUUUCCCAUUCCCAAGCACUCAGUCAAUAUGAUGUUGUAACCAUUCUCCUCUUGUGUGCUGGAGAGUGUGUGUGUGUGAUCAAUCAUCAGGUUUUUCUGACGGCUCUUCAGAGUGU